GAAACCUAAACACUAUAUCAGAAGGCUGAUCGGGUCCUGCACAAACUGGAUCUCACUGCUCAUUGCGCUAACUCUGUAGUGGCCCCAUGUAUUCCUCUGUGGUUCUGCUCCUUGGAUUACAAUUACUGCUCUUAACUCCAACAGGUGAGCUUGCAUGACAUUACACCUGUCCUGUCUUUUAGUGGGGUUAUUCAUUAAGGUGUGAAUUGUUGGAAUUCAAAGUAAAUUCGAAGAGAAUUUCACAUCUCAGGCCAAAAUAACACAUUUUAUUUAAAAAAAAAAAGUAAUGUUUUCAUUUUUACUACUUUGACCUAAAAUUUGAAAUAAACUUACAUUUCAUUUCCUGACAAUUCACAUGUCAGUGAAUAAACUGGUGUACUAGGAGCAGGUGAAUGAGGCAUCUGAAAGGGGUAGAUGAAUGGGGCAUCUAAAAGGGGUAGAAUAAUGGGGCUAGAGGACUAUACAUUGUGGUUAAGAAAUAUGUAUUAACAACUUGACAGGGGAAGGAAAUUAAAUGAAGUAUCAGGAAGUAAGGAAUAUCUAUGGUGUGUCAAAAAAGUUAUAACAGGAAGGCAAGCCAGUCUGAACUAGUUACAUAGAAUAUUUGACAAGGAGAACUCCGCUCAAUCUAACACCAUAGAGCCCGAAAGGUAGGUCCCCAGGUGUUCUAGAACUACAACUUCCAUGAUGCUUUGCAUGCGUUUAGAAUGGCAAAGCAUCAUGGAUGCUGUAGUUUUAAAACCACUAGGGAUCUAGUUUUUGACCACCCCUGCCAUAGAGGUAAACACUAGGGAAAAAGGUUAAUAGAUUUACUGCCUAAGACUUUUAAGCUGUAUAGUUACAUUUAUUAUUUAUGUUCCCAAGUGUCCCAAUCUUCAAAGCUUAGCAGAUCUGCUCUAACGCUAUAAACCGUGCCUGCAGAGACCUGGCUUUUUACUGUGUAUUUGCGAAGGGCGAGGAGGGGUGAAUGACAACUACAGACCGGAAAACUGUAGCUGUUAACUGUUGCUCUGCUUGUAAACCUCUUCAGUGCUGGGAAUGCAAGCAGCAACAGCACACUCAUGAGAAAGCAGCACCCCUCACUUGACAUAUACAUAGUCCCCUUUUUUUUGCAUUUGCUUAUAAAUAUAAAUAACAUAUAGAACAUAUAAAUAAGUUAACAUAAACCAUUACCACCGAGGGCAAGAUACACCCUACACAGACCAGGUUCGGAAUUACCAACAAGCUCAAAACUACCAAUACCACUCCAAACCUAAGUGUUCUUAGCGAACUAAAACGAACAUACCUAUGAACAAAUGACCUACCCCCCAAAUUUUCUAAGCGGGAGCUAUAAACUGAAAAAAGGGAGGGGGGUGGGACAAAAACAGGUAAGUAAGGAUUAAGUAAGAUGGCCCCUAAUCUAAAAUGGCCCACACAGUCUGUGUGUGUAUAGACUCAUCAGUCUGUGUGUGUGUAUGGACUCAGCAGAGUCUGUGUGUGUGUGUAUGGACUCAGCAGUCUGUGUGUGUCUGUGUGUAUGGACUCAGCAGUCUGUGUGUGUGUGUAUGGACUCAGCAGUCUGUGUGUGUAUGGACUCAGCAAUCUGUGUGUGUAUGGACUCAGCAGUCUGUGUGUGUGUGUAUGGACUCAGCAAUCUGUGUGUGUAUGGACUCAGCAGUCUGUGUGUGUGUGUAUGGACUCAGCAAUCUGUGUGUGUAUGGACUCAGCAAUCUGUGUGUGUGUGUGUAUGGACUCAGCAAUCUGUGUGUGUAUGGACUCUGUGUGUGUAUGGACUCAGCAGUUGUGUGUGGACUCAGCAGUCUUUGUGUGUGUAUGGACUCGGCAGUCUUUGUGUGUGUAUGGACUCGGCAGUCUGUGUGUGUGUGUAUGGACUCAGCAGCUGUGUGUGUGUAUGGACUCAGCAGAGUCUGUGUGUUUGUGUGUGUGUAUGGACUCAGCAGUCUGUGUGUGUGUAUGGACUCAGCAGUCUGUGUGUGUGUAUGGACUCAGCAGAGUGUGUGUGUGUGAGUGUAUGGACUCAGCAGAGUGUGUGUGUGUAUGGACUCAGCAAUCUGUGUGUGUAUGGACUCAGCAGAGUGUGUGUGUGUAUGGACUCAGCAGAGUGUGUGUGUGUAUGGACUCAGCAGAGUGUGUGUGUUUGUGUACUCAGCAGUCUUUGUGUGUUUGUGUACUCAGCAGUCUUUGUGUGUGUGUGGACUCAGCAGUGUGUGUCUGUAUGGACUCAGCAGUCUGUGUGUGUGUAUGGACUCAGCAGUGUGUGUGUGUGUAUGGACUCAGCAGUGUGUGUGUGUAUGGACUGUCUGUGUGUGUGUAUGGACUCAGCAAUCUGUGUGUGUAUGGACUGUGUGUGUGUGUGUGUGGGACUCAGCAGUCUGUGUGUGUGUAUGGACUCAGCAGAGUGUGUGUGUGUGUGUGUAUGGACUCAGAGGUGUGUGUGUGUGUGUAUGGACUCAGCAGAGUGUGUGUGUGUAUGGACUCAGCAGAGUGUGUGUGUUUGUGUACUCAGCAGUCUUUGUGUGUUUGUGUACUCAGCAGUCUUUGUGUGUGUGUGGACUCAGCAGUCUUUGUGUGUGUGUGUGGUCUCAGCAGUCUGUGUGUGUGUAUGGACUCAGCAGUGUGUAUGGACUCAGCAGUGUGUGUGUGUAUGGACUCAGCAGUCUGUGUGUGUACGGACUCAGCAGAGUGUGUGUUUGUGUAUGGACUCAGCAGAGUGUGUGUUUGUGUAUGGACUCAGCAGAGUCUGUGUGUUUGUGUAUGGACUCAGCAGAGUCUGUUUGUGUGUGUAUGGACUCAGCAGAGUCUGUGUGUGCAGGGCCGUCUUUAACGCGGGGCAAACGGGGAAGCUGCCCCGGGCCCAGUUUCUCUUGGGGGGCCCGAGGCACCUGCCCCGUGGGCCCCGCUGCCCUCAUCAAUUUAUUUUUUUCCCGUCCCACCGGGUGGCCCAUGCACUUAGGGCAGUGGCGUACAUACCAGGGUCGCAGCCGCGACCCUGGUAUGCACCCACAGGGCCAGCGUCUUCCCCUGGGGGGCCCAGGAGGUGGCCACCCCAGGGCCCCCCCAGGCUGGCCCUGCUGACCCCGGCGGGCGGGUGGCCGGUCUGGCAGGAAGGCGGGCGCGUGAGGGAGCACUCACUGCUUCCUCUUCAGCUCCCUCGCGCGCCGCGUAGGGAUGCCGGCGCCGGAAGCUGAAGAGGAAGCAGUGAGUGCUCCCUCGAGCGCCCGCCUUCCUGCCCGACCGGCCACCCGCCCAGGAGCCCAGCAGCACCACUGGACCCCAGGGAAUCCCCCCAGCACUCCAAAAGGUAAGGAGGCUGGGGGGAUUACAUUUAAAAAAAAAAUGUGUGUUUAUGUGUUUGUGUGUUAGUGUAUGUGUGUGUUAGUGUAUGUGUGUUAGUGUGUGUUUGUGUGUUAGUGUGUGUUUGUGUGUUAGUGUGUGUUAGUGUAUGUGUGUUAGUGUGUGUUUGUGUGUUAGUGUGUGUUAGUGUGUGUUAGUGUAUGUGUGUUAGUGUGUGUUUGUGUGUUGGUGUGUGUUAGUGUAUGUGUGUUAGUGUGUGUGUUUGUGUGUUAGUGUCUGUGUGUCAGUAUGUCUGUCUGUGUGUCAGUAUGUCUGUGUGUGUUUUUGUCAGUAUGUAUGUCUGUCUGUGUGUCAGUAUAUCUGUGUGUGUGUGUUUCAGUAUGUCUGUGUGUGUGUGUCAGUCUGUCUGUGCAUGUCAGUAUGCCUGUCUGUGUGUGUGUGUAUAUCUGUGUGUGUGUGUGUGUGGCAGUAUGUCUGUCUGUGCGUCAGUAUGUCUGUUAGUGCAUGUGUCAGUAUAUCUGUCUGUGUGCCAGUAUGUCUGUGUGUGUGUGUGUGUGUGUCAGUAUAUCAGUCUGUGUGUGUCAGUGUAUGUGCCUGUGUGUGUGUGUCAGUAUUUCUCAGUGUAUGUGGGUGUCAGUAUAUCUGUCAGUGUGUGGGUGUCAGUAUUUCUGUCAGUGUAUGUGUGUCAGUAUGUUGAUCAGUGUAUGUGUCUGUGUGUGUGUGUCAGUAUGUCGGUAUAUGUGUCUGUGUGUCAGUAUGUCUGUAUAUGUGCCUGUGUCAGUAUGUCUGUCAGUACGUCUACCAGUGUAUGUGUCUGUGUGUGUGUCAAUAUAUGUACCUGUGUCAGUAUGUCUGUCAGUGUAUGUGCCUGUUUAUCUGUAUGUAGUCAGUGUAUGUAUCUGUGUAUCUGCUUGUGCGUCAGAGUGUGUACCUGUGCAUCUGAGCCGCAACUUUAAAUACAAAUACACCCCUCCAUUCAAACUUCAACACUACAUAUAAAACACACUCCUGCAUUGAAACGUCAACACUACAUACAAGCACACUCCUACAUUCAAAAACAAACACUACACAUAAAUGCACACUUGCAUUCAAACUCCAGUACCACAUACAAACACAUUCACACAAACAUACUCCAUACAAACACAUGCUUACAUUCAAACAUACAAACAUGGCUCAGUGCUAAAUACAACCCUGCAAGCAUGGGAAAUUGGUAGAGUCCCAGCUGUCAAAGCAUUGUUGGAGUUGCACGACAGAUGGGGUUCUACCUUUAGUCCAACCUUGCAAUUGGGGGUCCCAAUAAAAUUCAUUCUACUUUAGUACCGCCACUGCGUUGGGAUGGAUGCCGUGAUUGCAUACCAGGGAGUGAGGGGCGAGAGCGGCAGGGCCCAGGGGGCCCAAGCAAACACUUGCCCAGGGUCCAUUCGUUAUUAAAGAUGGCCCUGUGUGUGUGUAUGGACUCAGCAGAGUCUGUGUGUGUGUGUGUGUGUGUGUGUAUAUGGACUCAGCAGAGUCUGUGUGUGUGUAUGGACUCAGCAGAGUCUGUAUGUGUGUGUAUGGACUCAGCAAUCUGUGUGUGUGUGUGUGUGUGUGUAUGGACUCAGCAAUCUGUGUGUGUGAGUGUGUGUAUGGACUCCGCAGUCUAUCAAUAAUUAAAAUUCCUGUGAGUUGUUGUGUAGGAAGGGCCCCAGUGUAUUGCUUUGCCCAGGGGCCCUUAACUCUGUUAAAAUGGUACUGCUUGUGUGUGUCAGUGUGCUUCUAUUUAGUGAGCAUGUGUGUGUCAGUGAGCUUGUUUUUAGUGAGCUUGUGUGUGUGUCCCUGAACUUCUUUGUAGUGAGCCUUCUGUUUAUACAAGUGAGUGUCUGUAGUAAGCUUGUGUGUGAGUCAGAGAGUUUUGUCUGUCAGUAAGCCUAUUUGCACAUGUCAGUGAGCUUGUGUGCUUACUGUAAUAUAUAUAUAUUAUACCCAAUUUAUUAUACACACAACCCUGUAUUAUACAGAGAGCACUGACUGUCCAGGGAUAUUAUACCCAGACAGUAAUUGAUAGCUGUGCUGAAAAAUGUCCUUGGAAUUUUUUUUUCAAAUGUUGGCAACUAUGGCACUGUAUCAAGGAUAAUGUGUUUGUUUUUUUAAUAAUCCCUGGUGGAAAAUAAUGAAUCCUCCACCAGGUAUUAUUAAAAAAACAAAACACAUUGUGUCGGGGGCGUGGCUUAACAUGCGACAGGGGCGGGGUCAAACUGCGGCGAGGGCGGGGUUAAAUGUGCCCCCCUACUUUUGUCACUGGCCCUCCAUGUGCCCCCCCGAAAAAUGAAUCCUAGAGACGCCACUGGUACUGAGUGUGAGUGAUGCAUUGAGGAGAGGAAACUGAAGGAAGGGAGAGGAGCUAAACUUCGAUCUGAAAGUAUCUGCCAGAUCUGCUGAUACAUUUGUCUCUACCAGUCCCAGAUGUCAAUCAGACAAAAAUAAAGGCUUCUGCAUUGCUGGUAUUCUUGCAAUAAAAUACCGGCCAGGUCUCAACCCUAAUUACUUAUGCAGUUAUCAGAUUCAAAUAUGAUUUUUAGAUGGUUUUUAUGCCCGUGAUGCCCAGUUAAUAAAGUCAUUAACUUUAUCUGAAUUUCCUUUUUUGAGUGGGGGAGCAAGGUGCAUCUUAGAAAUCUGUGCCUGCAGAUCCGACGUGUAAAUCCAGCCCUGGAUACAGGUGCAUGCCUUAUACACUGCAGGUACCCACGCUGCCUGUUAAAAGUCUUCUCUAGUGCUUUGCCAUAUGUUCCAAAGCAGCCAAGACAAGCCAAGAUACUUCCCAACUCUGUCGCCCCAAGAAGUGGGAUGCCAGGGGGAGGGAGGUAAAGGGGGUGGCCAGUGAUGCAAUCAUGUUACUGACUCCCUUAAAGAAGCUCAGAAAGGCUGUCAGUCAUGUAAGGCCAGCCCAUUGAAGGCAGACCAGGCACGGAGCACUGUUUCAGUGCUCUCUGCAAGGUCAGAGUGCCCUGAACAUAGUGCAAGAAUGUCUGAUGUGCUUGCGCUAUUCUAGUUGGGGGGGACAACUGCAUGGUGUCUGCAAAAACCGAACAUCAGAAAACAAAGUUAGGAUGGUGGGAAAGAACCUGCAAAUAGGGACUGACUCGCCAAAAUCAGGGUGAUUGGGAGGCCUGUGUAAGUUUACCCGGCCUCCUCUUUUAAAGCAUGUAAGUUACACACAUACACUGCAACACAAUGUGACAACACACACUGUUACACACACUAUUACACUCACUAGUACCCACACACUCAUGGACAUGCACUCACACAGACACAUACACUCACAAACACUGAAACUAAAUGCCAGAUACAUUAAAAGGCUACUGCACUGCACAAAGAAAAAAAAACACCCCCCACCCCCACACUAUUUAAUAGAUAUACCCCCAAUGAAAACAUUGUGUUUAAUUAUGCAUUUUUGUAUUAAGGGUAUAUUAUUAAAAUAGCUAGCAAAAGCUGGACAUCUCCCUACGGGAAAGCAUUGGAUUGGCUAAAAUCGUCACGGGUGCGGGGCCAAAUGUCGUUUUGGCCAUUCGGGACCUCCAUAGAAUCAGUGCUUGUCUAUGAGGAAAAUUCAGCGUCCCCAUGGGGGCGUUGAAUGGCAGGGCUGCCUACUGUGCAGCCCUGAGCUAGGAAGCCCCUUGAGUGGCCACUUAAAGGUGUCUUUCUCUGAAAAGGCAGUGUUUGCAUGAAAAUGCCUGAAGGGAGCUAUUAUACUCACCAUAACUACUACAUUAAGCUGUAGUUGUUCUGGUGAUUAUAGUGUCCCUUUAAAAAGCAGAGAACAAAUCGUGUUUCAAGGGCUUUUUAUGUGGUUUUCAAUUCUUGGUUUUAGUGGUUCUUGAAUAUUUGUUAAUUACCAUAAAAUCCGUUUUUCGGGAUGUUGCAGUGACCAGGAAUAAGUUGCAACAAGUGAUGGAUCUUGAUAGAACAUUGGAUCCUAUUGAUGCUCCUCCGUUAGCAAAUUUGUAGAUUUGUGUAACUGCAUGCACCACAGGAUUAUACUGUCUGUGAAAACAGAAAAACUAAUUGAACUUUAGUGACCCCUGGUGGUCAUGAUCCAUAUCACACAAACUAGUGAGACAUUUUUGUGCAUGUUGUUGAGUUAUACCUUUAAGGCAUGAGUAGGGAUGGUAAACUGGCUGAGUACAUUAUAUUUGGACAGGUACUGGGUAGAUAUCAUUGUUACACAUUUGGAACAAUUUUAACCGCCUUCAUCUUAGGUUGGUAAAAGACAAGAGGUAGUGGAGAUUUCCCACAACAAGGGUAAAAUUAAAUGUAAUCCAAUGGAGGAUAGCAGGGUCGCCAUCAGGGAUUGGCAACUGUAACAGUUCUCACAGGCCUUGGGGUCCUAGGGGCCCAGGAGCCUGGGCCCCCACUUUCCAAUGUGCACAUGUAUAUAGCAAUCAUUGCUAUACAUAGUGGCGGAACUAUCGCUGGUGUUACCAGGGGGGCUGGAUGGGGCCCACACACACUAAGGUGUCCCAUCGGGUGGCCCAUGCACUUAGGGCCACCCAAUGGGUAUAUGUCUUAAGGGCCCCUGUUGUGCACUGUGGCUCUCUUAUAACACGACCGGUCCCCUUUAAUUAAUGACCAUGGCAGUGCUGGAAGUAAGUGCACAUCAGUCACUUCCUCCCAGCUAACACCUACAAGGGAGGGAGGAGACACAGGAAAGGCAGAUUGGAGGGCAAAGCCAGACCCUGACUCACAACAGUCCCAGACAGCAGAAGCCACCCUCCUGCACCCAAAAGGUAAGAAACAGGAGGGUGGCUAAAACAAUGACCCGCUUGUCUGUCAGUGUAUGUAUGUGAUUGUCAGUGUGUACCUGAGGGUAUGUGUGUAUAUCUGUGUGAGUGUGUGUCUUCAUAUAUAUCUGUGUGUAAGUGUGUGUGUCUGUAUAUUUUCAUGUAUGCCAUGUCUUGCACCAUCUCUAUGUUUCAGCAUUGCCCCUGCAUUCCCCAGGCAGUCCGUAUAGUGAAGAGGGAGUUAAGCACACACAAUCUUCAGCUGCUAGAAGCUCUCCAACUCUUGCAGUCUCCCACUACACACAUGCACUACACACAUACCGCAUCCACUACACACCCACUGCAUCUUUGUGGGCAGACUCAAGGGUGGGCACUAUGGGCAGGGCAAGCCCUGUGGUGGACUCCAGGGUGUGCCCCAGACCUUGAGCUAUGUCAGGGGGACCCAACAUUUCUGAUGGCAGAGCCUGCAUUUUGUUUAAUGGACCACUCUAGGCACCCAGACCACUUCAGCUUAAUGAAGUGGUCUGGGUGCCAGGUCCUUCUAGGGUUAACACAUUUUUUUAAUAAACAUAGCAGUUUCAGAGAAACUGCUAUGUUUAUGAAUGGGUUAAGCCUUCCCCCUAAUCCUCUAGUGGCUGUCUCAUUGACAGCCGCUAGAGGCGCUUGCGUGCUUCUCACUGUGAUUUUCACAGUGAGAGCACGCCAGCGUCCAUAGGAAAGCAUUAUGAAUGCUUUCCUAUGCGACCGGCUGAAUGCGCGCGCAGCUCUUGCCGCGCGUGUGCAUUCAGCCGACGGGGCGGAAUGGAGGAGGAUCGGAGGAGGAGAGCUCCCCCCCCAGCGCUGGAAAAAGGUAAGUUUAAACCCAUUUCCCCCUUCCAGAGCCGGGCGGGAGUGGGUCCCUGAGGGUGGGGGCACCCUCAGGGCACUAUAGUGCCAGGAAAACGAGUAUGUUUUCCUGGCACUAUAGUGGUCCUUUAAAUGUAAAUGGGGAUUCAGACCAGAGCGCAGGUAACGUUCUCUUUGUUUUUACUAUUUCUGAUGGCAGCCCUGGGCGAUAGUUACUUUCUUGAUGUGUUUUGCUGUUGUAAGUAAGUGAGGUAGAAAGAAAGAAAUGGGUAAUGGAAAAGAUAACGAAAGCUAAGUCAGCUCAUAUUCUAUGGGAUCAUAAUGUGCUGCAGAAAGGGGAGGAGAGUGUUAUGUGUGGGGCGUGAUGAAAAUAAAAACCAUAGGGAAGAGUAUAAAAGCUCAAAAAGAACGGGGGACAUUGAACAUUACCUAAAGUCAAAGAAUGCCUAUUGGUUAUCCUAAGAGACACCAGGACACCACUUCCUACCUUCACCAUAGCCUACAGGAGUGGUGGAAGCUCUCACCAGGCGUAUCUCAAGAAAGCUAAAUGAAGCUCCUAAGCACUCAUGGUAUAGUAUUCUAAGCUUCUUCUCUAUCAAGUAUUUCCAAUGUGAUAGCUCAAUGAGUAGUACUCCAGUCUCCAGCUGCUGUAUCCCUAUUACCUUUCAAAAUAUAGUUUCAGACUUUCACCCUUAUUUUGAGUUCUUAUUGAAUAUUAUUAAUUUCCUUUUUUAGCUGAUCAUGUGGAGAAAUGCACAGAGAAUCCAAUUAACUCAACUGCUACAAGAAUACCUAUGACCACGAACCAUCGUAAAUUUAUUGUAGAGUGUAAAUACCCCCCUGGAGCAUCUGUUCAAGCAAAUAAUGGAAAAAUAUAUCAUCAACAUAAAAUCCAUGGUUACUUUGCUCACAAUUCUCUAAUCCUUAGUGGUGAGCAACGUCCAAAGAAUUGCAAGGUGGUUUGGAUUGCUCCAAGUGGGGAGAGGCACCCUAUAAAAUGCGUGUCGCACAGUAAGUAAAUUUAUACAGUAAUAGUAGCUUGCAUUUCCUGUAUAGCAGAUAUCUGUUAUCUUUAGCCAGGCAACUGUAUUUACUAUAUGCAAACAUCAUGCUCAGAUGCAGGCAUUCAUUUUACAUUUUGGUGGCAAAGAAAUGCAGCUACCCCCCAAAAAAUCAUCAGUUUUCUUCCAAAUAACCAGAAGAAAGAAAUCACAAUUUUAAAAGUAGUUAUGUAUUUUUUCACAGAGGUGUCAGAUUAUAUUACAUGAUUUAAACCAGGCAUCUCAAAAUAAUAACUCAUUUUACACUAAAUACGUCAGGGUUAUUAUCUGUUUCUGAAGACAGAGAGCUCUGCCAUACCUCUGUGCCCAUAUUGCAGGUGGCAUGGUCCACAUUAAGGUCAUAAUCAGGCCUUAUUUAAUGUAUUUGAGGAGACAGGCUUGGCAGCACUGUUUGCCUGUGAUGUUUGCUCCAGCCAGCCUUAUUACUAAAGUUCUGGGAUUAUGUAUGUCAAGUGCGGAAGCUUCAGUGAUGACUCUGGCCAAAGCACACGGCAUUGUAUGUAUCUGUGUGUGUAUGUGAGUGUGUUUCUGUUAAUCUGUUAAUGUAUCUAAUUAAACUGCAGUGUGGGGUAGAUGCUGCAAGGUUGGGGUUCAUAUUGCAGGUGUGGGGCUAAUAUUCUAAUCUUUGGGAACUAAUGCGCAUGUGCAACAGUCAGAUACAUCUCAUAGAAAAGCAUUAAAUACAACUCUUAAUUAUGAUAAGCGUUCACAGCAUUCACUUUCGGUAAAUGAGAAAGUGCCUCUAUUGGCUGUCAGACUUACAGCCACUAGAAGUGUGCUUAUGACCAAAAAUAAACAUCAUUGUUUAUCCAUGUCUAUCUGGAAGUAGGGGUUCUAGCACUCUCCUAUCGGCCAUGCAACUCUCCUAACCCAUUUCAAGCCCCUGACUUAUCAAUCCUGAUAACCAUACCCCUAGCUUGUGCAAAUUGUCUCGUGCUCUCUCUCUCUCAUUUACCAUUUGUCUACCAGGAAAUCAUCCAUGGAUUGCUCCCAUGUGCACCUCUUAUCCUCAACUGAUUCUCAGUCUCCCGCAAUGUUUCUAUAUCUUUAACACUGUACGGGCAUUGCUAGGUGAUUAUAAGACAAGGGGCUUCAAUAACCCUGCCCCAUGCUCCACCAUAAUUUAUAUAAAAAAUAAAUAAAAUUAAAUAUAUAUAUAUAUAUAUAUAUAUAUAUAUAUAUAUAUAUAUAUAUAUAUAUAUAUAUAUAUAUAUAUAUAUAUACACACACACACACACAUAUUAAAGUGGCCCACAAUGAUGUACGCACACAGUUACACAUCCAUUAGCUAUAUAACAGAUACAAAUGCACAUUCUGUUACAUUUAUAAACAAUCAUACACUCACACAUAAUAAAAGGAAUGGAACAUAUGAAGAAAGGUUAACAAAUUUAAACCUAUUCAGUUUAGAAAAACAUCGCCUGAGAGGGGAUAUGAUAAAUUAUACAAAUAUAUUCGGGGCCAGUGCCAUUGUGUGGAAAUCUAUUCACAAACCGGACACAAGGUCAUGCGUUUAGACUGGAAGAAAGAAGACUUUGUCUCAGGCAAAGGAAAGGUUUUUUACUGCAAGAACAAUCAGGAUGUGGAAUUCUCUGCCUGAAGAAGUGGUUUUAUCAGAGUCCAUACAGAUAUUCAAACAGCUACUAGAUGCAUACUUGCAAAAACAGAAUAUUCAAGGAUAUAAUCUUUCAAUGUAUGGUAAUAGCUGCUUGAUCCAAGGAUAAAUCUAACUGCCAUUCUGGGGUCAAGAAGGAAUUUUUUUCCUAGCUUGUUGCAAAAUUGGAAGUGCUUCAAACUGGGGGGGGGUUUGCCUUCUUUUGGAUCAACAGCAAAAAACAAAUGUGAGGAAGGAUGAACUUGAUGGACACAAGUCUCUUUUGACAUAUACACACUCAAACACCCACAAAUGCAUAAACUGUUAGAGAUACACACACUAUUACACAUAUACACACUCAAAGAUAAAUACUGUUACACAUACAAAUACACACACAGACUGUUACACAUAUAAACAAAGUAUUACACAUAUAUACACUCACAAAUACACAAACACUGUAACAUAUACAGUAUGCACACAAUAUUACACAUAUAUACACACACAAUCUGUUACACGUAUACACACAAUCACACACAUUGUGGCCCCCAGCUUCUUUUUCCUGGUGGUUCAGUGUACUUCUCUUCACCUCAGAUGCCAGAUGCAGUCAUUGUGGUCUUCUAUCACGAGCAGCAGUAUUCAAAGUAUUCCUAUAGUAACCUUCGGUAAGGAUCUCAGGACACAUGCCAGAGCCCCUUGGACACAUGCCAGUGGUCUGCACAUGGUAGUGGUACUCCCUGACCGCUUCCUCCCCAUUGGCAUCUUGCCAUUCAUUACUGUUAACCCUGAGUCCCAUGUCCUGGCUGGGCACAAAACAAGGGACUCAGGGCUAAAAGUAAUAAAAGACAAAAUGUAGCCCCUGACACUGAGAAAGAGGCAGACCCUUCUAAAUUCAAGAAGUAUAAUCCAGUGGAAAGUGCAGUGCACUUAAUGUUAGCCUUUCUCAGUUUGAUUUCUCAUUUUCUCCUAAAUCUUCCUUAGCGAUCCUAUCUUUUUCCAACUCUCUCAUCAUCCUCCUCUGUCUGUUAGGUAAUCCAGGAACAGUAUUACCAGCAUCUGCAAGCAACACUGAAGAAAACAUACAUUCUAACCUAAGUGGACUGGCGCCUGAAAGUGAUAAUAAAGGUUUGUUUCAGUAUACAUUUCUUUAGAAAACGUUUCUUUGUAAAACUGUUUAGGACGUUUUUUUUUUUUUCAACAAGUGGACAAUAAAGAUCUAGCAAUCAAUGUGAGAAAUAGGGAGCAUUGCCUUUUAAUGUGAAAAAAAUGGGUCUAAAAUCAACAUGUAGUCAGACUAUACGUGAACUCCCAUUUAGACUACUCACUCUUCACAUAUGUUAGGAUAGGAUACAGUGCCAGAAAAAAGAAACGGGAUAACUUGCUUCACAAACAAACACUGUGUUACCUUCUUUUAUUAUAGAACUUAAUUCUAUACUAUGGCUGCUGGGUGGGGAUUGUUAAUUUAGUAGCCAGGAGGGACCUAAUGGGACGUGGGUGCUAUUCAUUUAAAAAAAUCCUAAGGGGUCCAAAUGCCCCUCAGCACCCAUCUAAAGGCGAUGGGUGAGAGUUAUUUAAUCAUUAAUGGGAGAGGUGGACUUGCCAUUGUCCACUUCCCGUAAGUUUGGUCCUAUUGCCCCCACACAAGGGGACUUUGGGUUCCCAAGCCCCUAGCCAUCUUGCCCAAAAUAAAACAAAAAAAAUUGCUCAAUCUAUGCCCUCACCCUAAGAAUAGUGAGAGAAGUCUAAUACCAGAACCAACAUUUUCCGCUAUGCACAACUCUAGUGCAAAGGGCAGAACUAGAUUGACAGGUAGCCAACAUGCAAGUUCCUAGUCCAGGCUAGUUGUACAUACAGCUGUAUGAAUUCCUAUAUUAUAUUAUUCACUCAUUAUAAACAUGUAUUUGCUAAAUAUAGGGUAACAUUUAAACUUCUGAGAAGUUUCCUUUAACUAUUCUUUUCUCUAGCAGGUGUAGUCUGGUUGACUGAAGGUGUAGUAAUUGCAAUUAUAUUUAUCACUAUUGGAUUGCUAACUCUGUAUGUGGUAAGUUUUGUUAUAUCAUAACUCUUGGAUGUUGAAAAUUGGGUGUGUAAUAGUUGUAAAUAGCAAGAGAUUGAACAGUGGAUGAGCAAGGUUUUUACAAAGGCAGGCCCACCAAAGCUUGUUGGACCACAUCUCUUUAGGCUUGCUAAGCUGUAUAGUUGUGGUUAUUAAGAUGUUUUAGGACUGCAUAUUGGCACCAUGAGUACAAGGAGUAAAAGUUUCUCAAGCUGGUCAGAAAGCUCAUUAAAUUAUAGCAAGAGAGGUGGAUUUAGUCUUUUUUUCCCCUUAAAAGAAAAAAGUUUUAUAAAUGUUGAUAAAACAAUUCCCCAUUGACAAAUAUGAGGAGUAAUAUGAGGAAUAAAUAACUGGAUAUUCUAGUGAGGUAGCUUGGUUGUUGACAGUUUGAGUACUGAUUAAGUUGGGUUUUUUUUGAGUGGGGGCUAGAGCAAUCUAUGCUAAGAGGUGUUUCCUGAUUUUGCACCACUAGUUAAUGUGGGAUCAGUGUUACGGUUUCUAAGGGGUUCAGCAUGACUAUAGCUGCUGUGUUUGCGUAGCUAGGAAAGAACAAUGUCUAGGAUUUGUUACAGAUGAGCUCAAAAGUUUGCAUACCCUGGCAGAAAUUAUAACAUUGAUUUUGAAAUAUGACUGAUCAUGUAAAAAAAUUAUAUUUUAUUGAAGGAUAGUGAUCAUAUGAAGCCAUUUAUUAUCACAUAGUUGUUUGGUUCCUUUUUAAAUCUUAAUGAUAACUGAAGUAACCCAAAUGGCCCUGUUCAAAAGUUUACAUACCCUUGAAUUUGGCCUUGUGACAUGCACAGGUUAAAACGGCAAUUAAAGGUUGAUUUCACUCACCUGUGGCUUUUUAUAUUGCAAGUAGUGUCUGUGUAUAAAUAGUCAAUUAGUUUUUUAGCUCUCAUGUGGAUGCACUGAGCAGGCUAGAUACUGAGCCAUGGGCCGCAGAAAAUAACUGCAAAAAAUCUGCGUAACAAGGUAACGGAACUUUAUAAAAAGUUAUCCAAAGCCUUGAAAAUGCCAGUCAGUACUGUUCAAUCACUUAUUAAGAAGUGGGACAUUCAGGGAUCUCUUUAUACCAAGCCAAGGUCAGGUAGACCAAGAAAAAAUUCAGCCACAACUUCCAGAAUAAUUGUUGGAAUACAAAGAAAAACCCACAGUUAACUUCAGGAGAAAUACAGGCUGCUCUGGAAAAAGUUGGUGUGGUUGUUUCAAGGAGCACAAUACAAAGAUACUUGAACAAAAAUGAGUUGCUUGGUUGAGUUGCUAGAAAGAAGCCUUUACUGUGCCAAUGCCACAAAAAUGCCUGGUUACAAUAUGUCUGACAACACCUUGACCUCAAAGCUUCUGGUACACUGUAAUUUGGAGUGACGAGACCAAAAUAGAGCUUUAUGGUCACAACCAUAAACGCUAUGUUUGGAAAGAUGUCCACAAGGUCUAUAGUCAGGGCCAGAUUAAGAGCCCAGUGGGCCUGGUGCUGACAAUUAUGACGGGCCUAAUUACAGAAUCAUAUCAACCAAAAACAGUAAAACACUCCCAAGCGUCAUGUAUCUGAUAGAGAUGGUGCUGGAGAGAAAGAAAACACAUACCCUAGGCUAAUCUCUCUCUAAUUUAUGUUUCCAUCUUUCAAGUAAAUCCAUAACCCCUAACAGCAGUGUCCAGUCAGGCAUGAAGUCAAUGGGCAUGGUAAAAGGGUGUGCCACUGACACAAAUCACGUAACCUGCCAAAAGGGGCGAACAUGCCCAAAAAGAGGACAUGUCUGCCCAAAGAAUUAGAAGGCCAGCCUGGCAUGAAUGCAUGUCAGGCUGCCUGCCAAUCAUGCAGCUGGCCAACUAAGGGCAUACUAUGCAGACAGCACCCUGAGCUUGGCAUAAAUGCAUCUAAUGAUGCGCUCACUCAACGCUUUCUAAGGACUGUUCCCUAGCACUCGCUGGUCCACUUGUCUCCUUACCUUCUUAUUAGCAGGCAGAAGCAGGGCCAGAUUAAGAGCCCAGUGGGCCUGGUGCUGACAAUUAUGACGGGCCUAAUUACAGAAUCAUAUCAACCAAAAACAGUAAAACACUCCCAAGCGUCAUGUAUCUGAUAGAGAUGGUGCUGGAGAGAAAGAAAACACAUACCCUAGGCUAAUCUCUCUCUAAUUUAUGUUUCCAUCUUUCAAGUAAAUCCAUAACCCCUAACAGCAGUGUCCAGUCAGGCAUGAAGUCAAUGGGCAUGGUAAAAGGGUGUGCCACUGACACAAAUCACGUAACCUGCCAAAAGGGGCGAACAUGCCCAAAAAGAGGACAUGUCUGCCCAAAGAAUUAGAAGGCCAGCCUGGCAUGAAUGCAUGUCAGGCUGCCUGCCAAUCAUGCAGCUGGCCAACUAAGGGCAUACUAUGCAGACAGCACUCUGAGCUUGGCAUAAAUGCAUCUAAUGAUGCGCUCACUCAACGCUUUCUAAGGACUGUUCCCUAGCACUCGCUGGUCCACUUGUCUCCUUACCUUCUUAUUAGCAGGCAGAAGCUCCUGGUAUAUGGUCUGGGACAGAGAAAAGCUAUAUGUAGUGAGUGUAGAAGAAAGGGAACAUGCCACAGUGUUAGAGAGACCAAAGUCAGCAUUACCUUAAAGGAUCACAAGAGGGUCAGGAUCACAAACAUGAAUUCAUGACCCUAUAGUAUUAACACCACCAUCUAGCCCCCCUGGGCCCCUCAUGCCUCCAUACAUAUAGCAAAAUCUUACUAUAUUCAAGCCUGAAGCUGUAACUCUGCAUGCUGUUAGACUCAUAAAAACAAGCAGUCUGCUGACAUCAUUAGAAGUGGUGGCCUGAUCCAAUCACAGUGCUUCCCCAUAGGAUUGGCUGAGACUGACAAAGAGGCAGAUCAGGGUCAGAGCCAGCAUGAUUCAAACACAGCCCUGGCCAAUCAGCAUCUCCUCAUAGAGAUGAAUUGAAUUAAAGAAUCUCUAUGAGGAAAGUUCAGUGUCUGCAUGCAGAGGGAGGAUAUACUGAAUGUUUGGAUGCAUUUUAGGCAGCCAUGACCCAGGAAGGAUCUCUAACAGCCAUCUAAGGAGUGGCCAGUGAAGUUAUCACUAGGCUGUAAUGUAAACACUGCAUUUUCUCUGAAAAGACAGUGUUUACAGCAAAAAGCCUGAAGGUAAUGAUUCUACUCACCAGAACAAAUUCAAUAAGCUGUAGUUGUUCUGGUGACUAUAGUGUCCCUUUAACUAUAUUCAUUGUCAGCCAGUCCACACAAGUUUUGUUCCCAUACAUCCCUCUUAAGUUUCCAUACUUAAGUAAGAGUAUGUAAAAAGUAGUUAGGGUUUCCACCUUUCUUGGAAAAACAUACCUGCCUUGCUAAUUUGCAUAAUUAAAUAUGUAUGGGUGACAUCACAUGAUGUAAAUCACAAAGAGUGACAUAAGAGAAAAUUCUGUAAAAUCACCAAAAAAUGACUUAGUUUGAUUCUGCUGUAUAGAUGGAUUCCUCCCAGUGCCCCCAUGUCUCCCAGUGCCCCCAUGUGUCGAUUACUCCAAGUCUCAGUGUUCCUAUGUAUCAGUGUCUCAGUGCCCCAUGUCUCCCAGUGUCCCCUAGUGUCGUGUCCCCGGGUCUUCCAGUGAUCCUAUGUAUCACAGUGUCUCAAUGCCCCAUGUCUCCCUGUGUCCCCAUGUAUCCCAGGGUCCCCAUGUCACUAGGACACUAGAAAGACGGGGAGAUCUGGUGACACGGGGAGACACCAGUGACACUGGGAGACUAGGGGACUCUGGCUGGGACACAUGGGGACAAUGGGAAAAUAGGGGACACACUUGAAGACAUGGGGACACAGACACCAGGGACACAGACACUAGAGACACUGGCUGGGGGACAUGGGGACAUUGAGACAUGGGGGCACUGGGAGACAUGGGGACACUGAGACACCAGGGCCACAGACACUAGGGACACUAGCUUGGAGACAUGGGGACAUUGUGACACUUGAGACACUGAGAGACAUGGAGGCACUAGGAGACAUGGGAACAGUGAGACACUGGCAGACUGGGGGCACUAGGAGACUAGGGGUCACUGAGACACCAGGGACACUGGCUGGGAGACAUGGGGACACUGUGUCCCCAUGUGUCUGUUUCAUAAUGUCUCCCAAUGUCCCUUAGUGUCUCAGUGUAUGUCUCCUUGCAGCCUUUCCCCCCAUCCCUUACUUCCUUGAGCUGUAGGCUGUCUCUGCAGGGUGGGAGUUGCUGUCUGGACUCUCUGUAGCUGCACCCCUGCAGAUCAGUGAGUAUAGAUAGGCAGGGAGGGAUAUGCUGGAACUUCCUAUCCCUGCCUGUCUCCACACACAGUGACCCCUACUGGCCAGUGCUGGUAUUGCAUAGUAAUCUCUUGUUUAUACUGAGAAAAAUACCAGCAUUUGUAUUGCCAGUAUCACUGCAAUAUUGGCACCAGCCAGGCAGCCUCAAAUACUGUCUGUGCUAAUAAAAUAAAAGCCAGGUGGAAUCCCUAAGAGUAGUGUGUGAAAAAAAAAUGUAAAAAAAAAAAAAUUUUUUUUUUUUUUUUUUUUUAAAUCAAUGGGCCUAUUCCAUGGGCCUGGGCCUGGAGCUGCAGCUCCAUCAGCCCCUAUGUUAAUCCGGCCCUGUCUAUAGUAAAAAGAAUACCAUCCCCACUGUGAAGCAUGGUGGUGUCUCACUGAUGUUUUGGGGCAUUUAAGCUCUAAAGACACAGGGAAUUUGUCAAAAAUUGAUGUCAAGAUGAAUGCAGCAUGUUAUCAGAAAUACUGGCAGACAAUUGCAUUCUUCUGCACGAGGACUGCACAUGGGACGCUCUUAGACUUUCCAGCAUGACAAUGAGCACAAGGUCAAGUUGAUCCUCCAGUGGUUACAGCAGAAAAAGGUGAAGGUACUGUCUGGAUUGGCCAUCACAGUCUACUGACCUUAAUAUCAUUGAGCCAAUUUGGGGAGAUGUCAAAUGUGUGGUUCAUGCAAGACGACCAAAAACUUUGCAUGACCUGGAGGCAUUUUGCCAAGACGAAUGGGCAGCUACACCACCUGCAAGAAUUUGGGGUCACAUAGACAACUAUUACAAAAGACUGCACACUGUCAUUGAUGACAAAAGGGGCAAUACAUAAUAAUAAGAAAUAAGGGUAUGCAGACUUUUGAACAGGGAUCAUUUCAUUUUUUUUCUUUGUUGACAUGUUUUGUUUUAUGAUUGUGCCAUUCUGUUAUAACCUACAGUUAAGUAUGAAUCCCAUAAGAAAUAAAAGAUGUGUUUUGCCUGCUCACUCAUGUUUUUUAAAAAUUGGUACAUUUUCAAGAAGGGUCCUCAAACUUUUGUUCCUGUAACAUUUUGUAAUUGUCUCAUUCAGGGCUCGACAAAUCCCAGGCGACUAGGAAUUUUGACCAAAAGACAAUAAAAACAUUUAGCUCUAAACCUCCAGAUGUCUGUGUCUUUUAGGGUAGAUCACACGACCCCUCUCUCAACGGAAAAGUGCAUUUGUUCCUCUCCACAUCACAUGUAAAAGACACAGAUAAUACAAUCUAAGUGUAGUAUCUUAGGUAGUGGUUGUACCAAUAUAAGUAAAAUUUGAAGUGCUCACCUUAUUUAGAGCCUUUUGGUAACUAAGUAUAUAAGCCUAGUGUUAAAGAACCACUACAGUGCCAGGAAAACAUACUCGUUUUCCUGGCACUAUAGUGCCCUGAGGGUGCCCCCACCCUCAGGGUCCCCCUCCCGCCUGGCUCUCGGGAAAAGGAAGGGGUUAAAACUUACCUUUUUUCCAGCGCCGGGCGGGGAGCUCUCCUCCUCCACUCCGCCUCCGAUCCUCCCUUUCGGCUGAAUGCGCAUGCGCAGCAGGAGCUGCGCGCGCAUUCAGCCAGUCUCAUAGGAAAGCAUUUAUAAUGCUUUCCUAUGGACGCUUGCGUGUUCUCACUGUGAUUUUCACAGUGAGAAUCACGCAAGUGCCUCUAGCGGCUGUCAAUGAGACAGCCACUAGAGGCUUUGGAAGCUGGAUUAACCCUGUUAUAAACACAGCAGUUUCUCUGAAACUGCUAUGUUUAUUAAAAAAAAGGGUUAAUCCUAGAGGGACCUGGCACCCAGACCACACCGUAUUAAGCUGAAGUGGUCUGGGUGCUUAGAGUGGUCCUUUAAGUUGUGGGGUGACACUACCCCUUCCCUGGAAUCACUUGGGCAGGAUGCAGUUGAAUAAGUAAAAAUGAAAAAUGUAUUGCCGAAAAAAGUAUUUAAAAAAUAUUUUCUAGAAAAUAAAAAACAGUAAUAACAUAUAAAAGCAAUACAAAUAUAUUGAGUGGUCUAAAUAUAGGUCCACUUAUAGCCAAAACGGAUUUUUUAUUUUCUAGAAAAUAUUUUUAAAAUACUUUUUCUGCAAUAAAUUUCUCAUUUUUACUUAUUCAACAAUUUGUAUAUAUUUCUGUUUCCUUUAUAUGUACAUCAUACAUAAAGUGUGACAUAGUGGGUAAGUGUCUUUAAACACUUUGUAGAAAAAACUCACUUACCUCACAUCUAGAUACAGUGCUGCACUCUUAAAAGCUGAAGGUUUAGAUGGUGAAAACACCUGUUAAGUCUAACGUUGUUAUUGUCUUUUGGUGAUUAUUUAUGUGUGGUGUGUUAUAAGGAGUACCCACAGAGCAGUUACAACUAUUCAAACUUACACGUUAAAACUAUAUAGCGCCACCAAUUCCACACCCUUUGUGUGUAUAUCCGACUAGGAAUUUUGUCCUGGCACCUGGGAUUUGUCUGCCUUUUCAGCAGAGGUGGUGGAGGAGAAUGCAGGAGGCUGGCCUGCUGUGGGUGAGCGGAGGAGGCCGGCGGACUGUGUGGAAUGGAGCCGAGCGGUUAGGGAGGGAGCUGUAAUCCACCUUAUGAGAUAUCAAGCUUCGUGUUAAAAACCUAACAAACAAACAAAAACCUUCUAUCAGUGAACGAUACGGGGGCUGUCUGUGCUGGUCCCUGAUUAGUUUUUGAGUGACUGCCAGUUGCACUCUUCCCUAUUUGUUACCUUGCCUGCCACCCAUCCCCACACAGUAUUAAAAAUAUAAAUAUUAGGAUAAUAAUCCAAAAUCACUAUACACACUCAGGAGGUGGUUAAGCUGCUCCCUUAUUAUGUAUAAAAAAAAUAAUAAUAGUUAACUAUUCCCUAUAGAAAUGCCAGCCACGUUCCUUCAUGUGAAUAAAGUCUUUGUGCUGAACAGAUAAUCAAUCAAUACACACAAUCAAGAGGUGGCUAAUCUGUUCCCUAAUUCAGUCUAAAGUACACACUAGUGUUAAACUACUCUCUAUAUGUUUGUCAGCUAGCCACCUUUCUUCUAAUAACUUAAGUCUUCAUGCUAUAUCAAUAAUCGAGCAUAGAUGUACACUCGAAGCACGUUUCAUCUGGCCAGUGCUGCCGAGAUCAUCAGGAAUGCCCUUAAAAAUUUAUAUAUUUUCCAAAAAUUAUAAUUUCUGAGUGUGUGUGUGUAUGUGUGUGUGUCUGUCUGUGUGUGUCUAUUUACUUGACCUGUCCAUCGAAGAUCUUAACUUUUUUCCACAUCGUGCUGGUCUCGCCUCUAUGGUUGAGAUAAUCAAUCUUGAUCAUCUCAGCCAAGCAAAUGUUUUCCCCUAGGAAUUCAUUGGUAGGCUAUUGAGCAUACACUAAUCAGCAUCUUUAUACACAUGCAUCGUUAAUGGUUAAAAAAAAAAAAGAUUGAACUGUGCGGUGCAGAGUACAAAGACUCUGACUGGGCCAGAGCUGAUGUAGGACAUUUCGUCACAGUUUCUCACUUUGACCUCUCUGUUUUCAAGGUCAAUAAAAGGACACAAAUUGUUGGCAUUUGUAGACAUCACAAAGAUCGAAAAGUAAGUCAUCAUUAAUUGGAAUUUUUGUCCUUGGAGCCAGAUUUUCUAGAAGCGGUUUUCUCAUACAAAGGUAAAGGUGAUUGGCAACUCAAGGACCUUAUGUUGACAUCUGUACACAGUGGCAUGUCAGAAAUUACAGAAACCCAGUAAACAAUGAAACUUACAAAGACAUCCCUUAAAGGGACACUCAACACUGAAAAUAAAAAUGUUUCUUAUGGCUGCAGACUUUGCAAGCCCUCCCCAUUUUCCCCUUGGAAUAAUCAGCACUUUUAUAAAAUGGAAAUAAAGGGCUACUCCACACUGAGCUGAAGUCCUUCAUAUGUGAGAAGUACUACUAAUCAGAGAAAUCAGCACUUUGAUAAUUACAUUAUAAAACACCUCCCAGACAACGCAUGCCUAUCUUCUUCCCCAGAGACUGUCCUCAGACCAGAGUCUUUAGCUGCUCCACAGACCAGAUGCAUGCGCAUAAAUGGCACAAGUUCAGAAGAUUCAAAAUGAGAAACGGGCUAUUUCCCCGUGAAGAGAUUGCAAGCCUCUUCCAGGGAAAAAAAAGGGGAGGACUUGCAAAUGUUGCAGUCAUAAGAACUGCAGCUUUUGCAAGCCCUUAUAAAAUGUAUCCACAAUUACGACAUGCGUAAAUAAAUGCACACAUGUAUUCAUUAGGGAUAUAUCUACUAAUCAGUGAUAUAUUUUUUUUUUUUCCCCAGUGUGGUAUGGUCCUUUAAAACAGGAUAUUCCUAUCAGAUAAAGCAUUUCAGCAAGCUGAAGUGCAUUAUGGAUGUGGAGUGAUCAUUUAAUGUUAAAUAUGUCACAGUAAUAACAGAUCGUGUACUAAAAAGAAAGCAUACAGAGCAUAAGAAAAACCUUUAUAUUAAAAAAAGUAAAUUACAUGACUGACCUGUGCAAAAUCGUAAUAUUUUGCAAGUGUUCAUACAAAGUGUUAAUUGUACUUUAAAUUAUACAUUUAUAUAUAGGAUGCCAUGGAGUGUGAAUUGUAGUGAAACUAAAUUGUACAAUUCAGGCCAAUAUAACAAUUUUAAAAAAAAUAUCCAACUCCACUAUAGUUACUGAUUUGGUAUAUUAGCCUAAAUAUUGCAAUUUUUGUCAGUCCUCCACAAUUCACAUUUUAAUGAAUAAACCCUCAAAUUAAUCUUUAUAUAGUCAAUGUAUGUUUUAUAUCAACUGGUCUAUUUUACUGGGAUCUUAUAAAAUAGGGUGGCCAAAUAUACAGAUCCCAAGCUGUUCGGACUUAAAGGGAUAUUAUAGUCACCAGAACAACUAUAGCUUAAUUAAGUGAUUUUGGUGUAUAUAGCUAGUCCCUGCAGGCUUUUUAAUGUAAACACCUCCGACAUUAAAGAGUCAGUGGUUUAUUGUCACAGAUUUAGAUGUAAUAAAUAUAUCUGAACUUUAUAAAUUGAAUAUUAGAUUCAUAUGACCUAUUGCACGCUGGAACUUUAUAAAGCCUACUGGUACUAAGUAGCAUUUUACUUUCAAGUUACAGUCUGCACUAUUAUUUGUUUAUAUAUAUAUAUUUUUUUUCCUGCAUAUAUGCUAUGGCAUGUUCAACCUGACGCCAACUGCUGAUCAUUAAGUAAAACUACAGUACUUUUAUAUUUAAAGCUACUUCAGCUUCUUUUUGGGUCUUUCACCUAAACACUGCUUUUUGUCACUUUGAAUAUUUACACACUGCUCCACUCUUACUUGUUUUUUCGAUAUUAAAAGGAAACUUGAUAUUCCUAUGUUUAGAACUAUAAACCCUUUUUUAAUGCACAUACUUAAAAUGGUCUACUUAUUAUAGGGGCUAAUGUUCUAAGAAUAAAAUGGGAGCAUGUCUCCUAAUAUGUGUGUUCGAGAGGGGUACCUUUAUCCAGCACCAGGCUCCCUCGGCGCUGAUGACCUCUCCUCCCCCGCCAACAUCAGCUCCCGAGUGGAGUUGAAUGCGCAUGCGUGGCAAGAGCCGCGUGCACAUUCAAACAAUCCAUGGGAAAGCAUUUCUCACGCUGAAUGGGAUUUUCGCAUCCAGUGUUGCAGAAGCACCUCUAGCAGUUAUCAGGAAGACAGCCACUAGAGACUGUCUUAAACUCUGAAACUGCUAUGUUUACAUCUGAAGGGUUAAAACCUGGGGGACCUGGCACCCAGACCACUUUAUUGAGCUGAAGUGGUCUGGGUGACUAUACAGGGAGUGCAGAAUUAUUAGGCAAGUUGUAUUUUUGAGGAUUAAUUUUAUUAUUGAACAACAACCAUGUUCUCAAUGAACCCAAAAAACUCAUUAAUAUCAAAGCUGAAUAUUUUUGGAAGUAGUUUUUAGUUUGUUUUUAGUUUUAGCUAUGUUAGGGGGAUAUCUGUGUGUGCAGGUGACUAUUACUGUGCAUAAUUAUUAGGCAACUUAACAAAAAACAAAUAUAUACCCAUUUCAAUUAUUUAUUAUUACCAGUGAAACCAAUAUAACAUCUCAACAUUCACAAAUAUACAUUUCUGACAUUCAAAACAAAACAAAAACAAAUCAGUGACCAAUAUAGCCACCUUUCUUUGCAAGGACACUCAAAAGCCUGCCAUCCAUGGAUUCUGUCAGUGUUUUGAUCUGUUCACCAUCAACAUUGCGUGCAGCAGCAACCACAGCCUCCCAGACACUGUUCAGAGAGGUGUACUGUUAUCCCUCCUUGUAAAUCUCACAUUUGAUGAUGGACCACAGGUUCUCAAUGGGAUUCAGAUCAGGUGAACAAAGAGGCCAUGUCAUUAGAUUUUCUUCUUUUAUACCCUUUCUUGCCAGCCACGCUGUGGAGUACUUGGACGCGUGUGAUGGAGCAUUGUCCUGCAUGAAAAUCAUGUUUUUCUUGAAGGAUGCAGACUUCUUCCUGUACCACGGCUUGAAGAAGGUGUCUUCCAGGAACUGGCAGUAGGACUGGGAGUUGAGCUUGACUCCAUCCUCAACCCGAAAAGGCCCCACAAGCUCAUCUUUGAUGAUACCAGCCCAAACCAGUACUCCACCUCCACCUUGCUGGCGUCUGAGUCGGACUGGAGCUCUCUGCCCUUUACCAAUCCAGCCACGGGCCCAUCCAUCUGGCCCAUCAAGACUCACUCUCAUUUCAUCAGUCCAUAAAACCUUAGAAAAAUCAGUCUUGAGAUAUUUCUUGGCCCAGUCUUGACGUUUCAGCUUGUGUGUCUUGUUCAGUGGUGGUCAUCUUUCAGCCUUUCUUACCUUGGCCAUGUCUCUGAGUAUUGCACACCUUGUGCUUUUGGGCACUCCAGUGAUGUUGCAGCUCUGAAAUAUGGCCAAACUGGUGGCAAGUGGCAUCGUGGCAGCUGCACGCUUGACUUUUCUCAGUUCAUGGGCAGUUAUUUUGCGCCUUGGUUUUUCCACACGCUUCUUGCGACCCUGUUGACUAUUUUGAAUGAAACGCUUGAUUGUUCGAUGAUCACGCUUCAGAAGCUUUGCAAUUUUAAGAGUGCUGCAUCCCUCUGCAAGAUAUCUCACUAUUUUUGACUUUUCUGAGCCUGUCAAGUCCUUCUUUUGACCCAUUUUGCCAAAGGAAAGGAAGUUGCCUAAUAAUUAUGCACACCUGAUAUAGGGUGUUGAUGUCAUUAGACCACACCCCUUCUCAUUACAGAGAUGCACAUCACCUAAUAUGCUUAAUUGGUAGUAGGCUUUCGAGCCUAUACAGCUUGGAGUAAGACAACAUGCAUAAAGAGGAUGAUGUGGUCAAAAUACUCAUUUGCCUAAUAAUUCUGCACUCCCUGUAGUGUCCCUUUAAAUAUUGUUAGAAUGUUGCAUGAUAAGAAUUACAUGAUGUGUGCCCCUAACCUGUUGGACUUUGCCCACUUAAAGGGACAUGCAUCACUUUGAGACAACUGUCUCAUCCAAAAGCUUUAGUUCUGAAUGAGACAGUUACGUCACUCUGCAGGCUGACAAAAAGAAGAUACAUAUUUUCUUCUUCUUUUUUAUGCUUUCCACACCCACUCCAGAAGGGACACUGAUCUAACCAAUCACUGUCCUCUCCCUGUGAAUGCUGGAAAAGUGCAUUUGGUAUAUGUAGCAGAGCUCCCUGUACCCCAACUGGGUACCUCCGCCAAGGACAGCUUCCUAGCUGGAACAGCCCUGAUUUGGGUGACCAACAUAUCCGAAAAUCACCCAGAUCAGUUCAGGGAAUUCAGGAAUUUCCUGAAAGUCAUAAUUUUGACCGACCGUGCACAUGAUCCUAUGCCCAAAACAGUUCCAUGAAAUCAGUGGUCAAGUUUGGUAGUCUUUUACAAGUUUCCUUGCAGGGCCCAUAGUCUGUGGGCAGAAGGUUGGCAAGCAGGCUCCUCCAGGAGCUCGUAACAAACUCACUUGGAGAGGGGAGUUUGUCACAUAUCUUCCCCCUCCAGGGGAAACUAUCCAGACCCCAGACUUCCAAUCGGUCUGGGUCUGUGAUAGUCUGGUGACCUUUCGCAAAAGGUGUAGUUGUCCAGACUGCCUCCUGCCACAAGUGCCCAUUUGUACAUCCAGUGUCCUGCGGGGAAAAAACCUGGAUGCACUUCCCCCUGGUUGGACCAAGUACGCACUGGGGAUGGAGGGCACAAUUCCCCUCUCUAGGGGUCUCAUUCUUGCCGCUGGGGAGAGGGACCAGCUGUCCCUUCUCCCUGUAACCCAUAUUGCCGCUGGGGAUAGACACUUUCCUCUCCCUGGACCUCACCCUGUGCUCGAUGAGGCCAGCUGUGCUCUUCCCUGUAGCCAGCGCUUCAGCUGGUGUGGCCUGUUUGUCGUCAGGUUCCGGAACUAAUGGGCUGGUAGGGCAGAGGCCGAUUGUCUCCACUCCAUGGAGAAUACACUGAUGCUGGGGAGCGAGACCCAUUGUUUCCACUCCCUGUAACACUCUUUGCCACUGGGGAGGAGGGGUGACACACUGCUCUCCCUGGAAUACACACUGCCGCUGGGAAGGACGACACACUCCACUCCCUGUACUGCACACUGCUGCUGGGGAGUGAGACUGGUUGUCUCCACUCACAAUAGCUUGCACUGCUGUUGGGGGAGGAAGGAUGACACACUUCUCUCCCUGUGAUGCAUACUGCCGCUGGGGAGAGAGACCGACGUCUCCUCUCCCAAUAAUAUACUCUGCCACCUGUAACACACUGCCACUGGGGAGGAGGAGUGACACACUGCUCUCCCUGGAAUACACACUGCCGCUGAGGAGGAAGGACGACACCUUCCGCUCCUUGUACUGCACACUGCUGCUGGGGAGUGAGACUGGUUGUCUCCACUCCCAAUAGCUUGCACUGCUGUUGGGGGAGGAAGGAUGACACACUUCUCUCUCUGUGAUGCAUACUGCCACUGGGAGUGAGACCAGUUGUCUCCACUUCCUGUAACACCCUUGGCUGCUGGAGAUUGAGGACGAUACUCUCCUCUCCCUGGGUUGCACACUGCCGCUGGGGAGUGAGACCUACCAUCUCCACACUCUGUAACUCACCCUGCCGCUGGGGAUGGAGGACUACACUCUCCUCUCCCUGUAACUCGGUCUGCCGCUGGGGAGAAAGACCAACCGUCUCCUCUCCCAAUAAUACACUCUGCCGCUGGGGAGGAAGGACGACAUGAUCCACUCCCUGUAGGAUACACUGCAGCUGGGGGGGGAAGGACGACACGCUUCUCUCCCUGGGAUGCACUCUGCUGCUGAGGAACAAGACUGGGUGUCUGUUCCCUGGACCUCACACGGCCAUUGGGGAGUAGGACUGACUGUCCCUACUCCCGGUAACUCCGACUGUAGUUGGGGAGCUGGGCCGGCUGCCCAGCAUCCCUGUAGGGCCGGUGGAGAGACCUCGGUCCCAUCUCCACCUGCCAACUAGGGGUCUUCCCAGGACCAGUCUAUAAGGUCCCCUGUUUCUGGAGCUGGUAGUGAAACAGGGGUACAGCAGCCAUGUCUCCCCACCUGGCGUGUGGAAAGUCUGGGUCAGCCACCCAGCUUUCCUGCUCUGCUUCAACGUUCUGUGGCUGAACCAAGUCUAACAGUUAUACAUAGACUAUUUCCAGUUCCCACUCCAUGGCAACUAGACGGCAGACUUCUUGUCCCAGCCCAACAGGCCCGGGCCACUGUAGUUCUCCAGCUGAACGCCCUCUGCCAUCCAAGUCUCUUGCUGGACUGUGCACCACCAUAACGCCCGGUAUGAGUUGUCCAGGAUCAGUUCCCUCUCUCCUAGGAACUCAAGGUGCUUUACCCACUCCGUCAGGGGUUGUUCCCCCAGAAGUGCCAUCCGCCCUGCCACUUGUUUCCACAAGCGGUGCGCUAUACCAGGAAGGCUCUCCUUCCAUUGAAACUUACUCCAGGGCAUCGAACCAUAGUUCUUUCUGGGCUGCAUGCCUCAAUUCCAGGUCACUCUCCUGCUUGGAUGUGAGUGCUGCCCAGGGGCAACAUACCACAUUCUUUCGAAGUCCUUGCCCAUUCUUCCUCUUUAGUAGUGCUGGUUAUCCCAAGGCUAGGAAGUAGGGAUCGACCGAUUAUUGGUCUGGCCGAUAUUAUUGGCUGAUUUUCGGUAUUUUCGGCAAUAUCGGUAUCGGCCAAUUUAGAUACUGGUAUUGCCGAUAAUAUAUAACAGGACCGCAGGGCCCAUUACAAGCCCGGCGGUCCUGUGGGGGCCAGCAGCAAGCGCUGACUUACCUUGCAUUCAGCUCCCUGUGUAAAUCUCGCGAGACCCGCGGCCACAGGGCAUUGCCACGGGUUACCAUGGCAACGCUCCACGCGGCACUAAGAGCCGCGAGAUUUACACAGGGAGCUGUAGGAGCUGCUUGCAAGGUAAGUCAGCGCUUGCUGCUGCUGAGCCACCACUGUACUUAACAAGCCACUGGACCACCAGGGAAUACUAUAUCCCCCCUUUUUUUUAUAUAUUUAAAAAAAUAUUAAAAUAAAAAAAAUGCCCCCCCAUUUUACAUCACUACACAAACACACACUACACACUACACAAACACACACACACACACACACUACACACACACUACACAAACACACACACACUGCAUUACAUACACAUUACACAAACACACUACAAACACACACACACUGCAUUACAUACACACUACACAAACACACACACCACAAACACUACAAAAACACAAACACACACACACACACACUGCAUUACAUACACACUACACAGACACACUACACAGACACACACUGCAUUACAUACACACACAAAAACACACAAACACACACUACAUUAUAUACACACUACAUUACAUACACACUACAUUACAUACACACACACACACUGCAUUACACACACACAUAUACACUCUACACAAACACACACACACACUGCAUUACAUACACACAAAAACACACUACACAGACUGCAUUAUAUACAUACACUACAUAAACACACUACAUUAUAUACACACUACACACACUACAUUCACUAUACACACACUACCCAAACACACACUCUGCAUUCACUACACACACACACACACACUACACAAACACACACAGCUCCCCUGUCUAAACACACUUCAUCCACUACAUGUGGCAAGUAUAUUUUGUGCAUUUACCUUUCGAAUUAGUUUAUUUAUUUAAAAUAGUAAUGUACAGAAUAUCGGCAAGAUAUCGGCUAUCGGACUGAAAGUUUGCAGAUUAUCGGUAUCGGCUCUAAAAAAUCAAUAUCGGUCGAUCCCUAAUCUGCAGGGGCUAAAGCCACAGGUGCAGACAUUAAACUUGUUGCAAUUCUGGCACUUACCGAAAAACUUAUGUUCCACUCCAGCUUGUCUUUUAAGACCUUCUCAAAUCUAGUGGUCCGGUGGGGGAUUCAUUGGUGGUCUCAGUGGGGAGCGUGAACUCUAGCACGCGCUCCAGGGCUAGAGUUCACUCUCGCUAGUGAUUGAAUUCCCCUGGGAAACUUGUUUGUGGAAUUGGAAGUGGACGCACACCCUGAACAAGCCCAAGUCCUAAGACCUGCAAAGUGUCUGCAGAAUAACUCCGUAUCUAGUUCCUCAAUCUGCACUGAGAUUAAAUUUAGUCAGAGCUGCAGACACCUUUGCCGCAAAAGAACGAUGGUAGUUGCAGAAAGCUGAACCCCUGUACCUGUGCCCCAGAUCCACCAGCAUAUGCAUAUAUGCAUCCAGGUACCCCCCAUGCCCCCUCCAGGUAAACAAAGUAAAACACCAAAAGCCAAGACCAAUUCUGGGAUGGCUAAUUCUUAUUUAGUCUUGGUUCUCAAGCCCUUAGGACCACUGAAACAUCCCCAUAUGCAUAGGUCCUAUUCUCGAUGACAUCCUGGGAGGCAUUCAGAAGUUAAGCAAGAUUAACAUCGUUGUCCUCCAGGAUGUCCUUCUUGAAACUAGGCGGGACCACAUGCGAUGGGUUAAUGACCGUUGGAACAUGUGGUGAAAAAACAAUUACCUGGUGGAGUGGGUGAGGUUCCAACCGGGAAAGUAUUGAAAGAUCUAGCGAGCUUCAUAGGGGAGCUACCAGAUCCCACUAGGAUAUGGGACAUUCCAAAAUAUGACAUCAUAAUUAGUGGGGGCCCACAUGAGUACUGACUGGCUAUCUAGUGCCAAGUGGUGAAACUAUUCCAUUAAAGAAAGUGACAGGUGAGGCCCUACUAGUUGCCAAGCGGCUUGAGAGGCUCUAUAUGUUGGGUCGAGGGGUUUUGUGGCCACCAAACGUUGUGGCGGGGUGUUGGCCUCUCUGAAAAUUAAAGCGUAAAAUACAAUGGGAGUGACCCGUGAGGCCCUCUCCAUGCAACCAUGCGAGGUGGCUAACUAUGCGUUGGCCCGAGGGGCGUAUACCUCCGAGUAUGAGGACAGGUGUUGGCCUCACGGGACCACUAACAAAAGGCAUAGAGGCCUGAAAACACAUAUUAAUGGCCACCUAGAACCCUAUGAGCCAGUAAAAUUCUAGUUAAAAAAAAGGUAAUGAUUUGUGAAAUGAUAUGUGGUAACAUGAUGUACCUGAGAGUGUAAAACUGAAAGUAGAUAGUACUUUUGGAGUAAUAAGGUAUGAAGUGUAACUUGAUAGAGCAUAAGGCUUCUGGAGAAAGCACGCAAAACGCUCUAACACUUCAAUUGGAAACGUGAAGUGUUCCCUAGAAUAACUGUUCGUCUGUAACAGUGCGAAAGCAUGCAAAGUGGAGCCUAAAUGUACGAAAGGAGCCAAACCAGGAUCUUCGUUCAUGAGUUUAACAAAGUCCCGAAAGCUCCCCUGUAUUAUGUAUAGAAACCCGGUGUUCGUGCUUAAAGGCCUGAAUGCCGCAGAAAGAAACAAAUUAACAUACGAACGGGUAAGUAACGAAAUAGACCCAACCCAAGAUGACCCGUGGGAUGCGACCGAGGCACGAUGGCUAGGCCUAAAGCUUGCGGUUCAGCGGACAACUUCCGGGUCAGUCUCCUUCAAGCUGGAGCAGGAAGUGGGCUGGAAAUGGUCAGUGAAAGGACAGGUAAGCUGAACAAACAGUUGUACCGGCUGCCAGAUGGCAACUUGUGAGUGACCGGAAGUUGUCACCUGCACCUCACCAGACCUAUAACGGUGUGACAGAAAUGGUAGGAGGCCCCUCUAAAUGGGAACCAAGCCCCUCCCUCAACUACAGGCCCAGCCUUAAAUAUAUAUAAUUUUUUUUACAUAUCUGAACAAUCUAUACAUAAAAUGGCUAUUUUUCACUAUUGUGUAUUUGCAAUUUUUCUAAGAUAAAAACAUGCAAUAUAAUUUUUUUAACAAAUAGAACUCUGUAGUAGGGAAAUUUUAAACACGUUUACUUUACAUUCAUUAUAUAAAGUUAAGGUACAUGAUAUGUCCUGCUUUUAUCUUUGCACAUAGGAUGAUUUUAUAAGUCUUCAUAUGGAAUGUCAUCGACAUCAUUCCUUUGACAAGAAACUGGAGGUAAGUUGUGGCUAGUCAGUGCAGGACUAGUGCAGUUCAUUUAGUAACAUAAUAAUGAGAUGUUUUAAAUGUAAACUAACAGUCAUAUUUAUAAAAGCAGAAUCUCAAGGUGAAUCUGAGACUGGUCCAUUACAGCUUAAAGAAUACCACAGUCUGAAUUUCACUUACUGCAAUAUCUGCUUAUUCACAAACAGGGAAUAGUGGUGAAUUGAAAAAGAUAUGAGCAUAGUAGAAACCUCAAAAAAUCAGAGGACAACCAAUUCAAACAUUUUAUUAUAGUUUUUAUCCAAAAAAUGUGCAAACCUUUCAAAUGCCCUACUAGUGUUAUGCUAUGCUCUUUGAUAUACUUGCUCAAGCUGUUGGGAUAUUGCAAUCAUGGUUGUAUCUUUAUGAUCAAAAAAAAUAAAUAAAGAAUAAAAAAAAAUAUGAAAACCUGAAAAGGCAUUAACCUAUUAGAGGAUAGCCCUCUAAACUGUGUACAACAAUAUGUAUAUCAAUACACAAAUUUAAAAAAGUUUAACUUACAUGAUAUUUUCUAUUUUAUAGUAAAAGUAUUUCAGUAAUCCCUGUAUAUCUUCCCAAAAGAUUAGAUUGAGAGUCAGGGCCGGUGCAAGCAUAUUUUGCCGUCCCAUUCGCGCCACCCACACAUGCAGACUAACAAACACACUGACUCAGGCAAACUAACGCACACGCGCUGAUCCAUAAACACACACUGAUCCAUGCAGAGACACACACAGAGACACAAACAGACCCAUGCAGACACAGUGGCGGAUCCGGGGGGGGGGGGGCAAAGGGGCAAUUGCCCCCCCCCCCCGAGAAAUCCGCCGGUCUCCCUCUCCCCUGCCAGGACAUGCAGGUGCUAGCCCUGCUAUGUGCCUGCGGACCGGGGAGGGAGAUCAGAGAUCUCCCUCCCCGGUCCGCAGGCACCGUGCUGGCAGCCGGCAGGGGAGGGAGAGGGAGGACCCGGGAGCUCAACCUGCAGCUCCUCCGGGUCCUCUUCUCUCGAGAUUUGGAGCGUUACCGCGGUUACCACGGCAAUGCUCCAAAUCUAGCGAGAGUGAACUCUAGCCCUGGAGUGCGGGCUAGAGUUCACGCUUCCCACUGAGACCACCAAUGAAUCCCCCACCGGACCACCAGGGAACAGGGAACACACACACACACUGCCCCCCACACACACACACACAGCCCCCCCACACACACACACACUGCCCCCCACACACACACUGCCCCACACACACACACACACUGCCCCCAUACACACACUGCCCCCCAUACACACAUACUGCCCCCCAUACACACACACUGCCCCCAUACACACACACUCUCUACACUGCCCCCAUACACACACUGCCCCUUUACACUGCUGUCCCAUACACACAUUGCAACUGUUACACACACACAUACACUGCAUCUCUGACAUACACUGCCGCCCUCACACACACACACUGCACCCCUUACACAUUGCACCACUCACACACACCACUGCUCCUAUGCCCUACUACAGCCCCAUUUCCCAGCAGACCUUAGGUAAGUUGUCAAACUGUUCUUAAACGAUUUGACUACUUACUCUGGGAGGGGGUCCCGGCACUAUUGACACCAUAACCACUACACUGAGCUGUAGUGGUUAUUGUGUCUGGAUUAUUUCUUUAAAUAACCCACAAGUGCCCCUCCCAAGAUCAGGCUCUGGAUCCGACACAGUAACCCGUGCAGAUACAGACACAGACACAGACACACACAGACAAACACACACACACACACAAACACACACAAACGGGUGCUGGAGUGAGCAAUUAAAGCGUCUUCUUGCUGCUGCCUCAAUGAUGUCUGGGAGAGGGGCCUGGCUCUUAAGGCUGUGGAUGCCGCCGGAUACAUUAAAGGAUAUAACUUCUGGGUGAAAGUAACAGCAUCCCAAUCAAGUGUCCUGACAUCUGACACCCUUUUGGAAGAAAUUGGGCAGAACAACAUUACCAUCUUAGCGGACAGUUGCUUAAGCACCAAUUCCCAAUUCAGAUACCAAGACGUCAAGAACUGUAACACCACAUUGACAUCCCCAAAGGCAGAGAACCUAGCCGGAGGAUGUCGAGCAAGACGAAUCUUCUUGAGGAGACGACACACGAAAGGAUGUCUCCUGACCGGAGCGCCACCUUUGCCCCGAUGUCCCACUAAAAUAGCUGAACAGAACAAAUUGAUGGUGCGAUAUGCCUUCCCUGACUCAAACAUGCCAGUAAGGAACCCCAAAUCAUAUGUAAAUCCAAAGAUAUGGGAUCCAUCGCUCAUCCCACGCACCAACCAGACCACAGUCACCACGAUGAGCGACAGGCAGAUCGAGUUCCGGUGCCCAUGUGUUGUUGAGGAGGUGGAGGAGUUGCCUGCUGAACAUCCACGAUAGUCCAAGGUCCACAGAAAGGAGCCACACCACCAGAUGUAGGAGAUCCUGUUCCACUAAACUGUGCAAGUUCCCAUCCGGAUCCAGGAGGGCAGGGACGUUCGGAAUCAAACGUGGGCAGUCGAUCGCCGUUUCCAGUAACCGAGGGUACCACGACUGUGACCUCCACAGAGGAGUGACCAAUACCAUUGAACAAUUCUGUCAGACCAGCUUCGAGAGCGUGUGAGCAAUCAAGUUGAACAGAGGGAAGGCAUAUAGCUGAGCGUCAGGCCAAGUCUGAAGGAACGCAUCCGAGUCUGGUCUUCAGCUGUAAAACUUUAGUAGCUCAGUGUUUAGCCAGGACACAAACAGAUCCACUUCAAAUGGUCCCCAACACUGCUCUAUACCUUGGAAUGCCGAUGCGUGUAAGAUCCAAUCUCCAGAGUCUCUCGAAUACUGUGAAUUCCAAUCAGCCCACGAAUUGUCCAAGCCUGGGACAUGCUCCGCUGUCAGAGACGUUGUGGUGUAGACAGAAUUGACAGAAAUCCUUUGCCAAGAUUGCCAAUACCCUCGUCAGUUCGUGCGACCGGUGUCACUAACGCCAUCGGUGAAAACUGGCGUCGGAUUCGAUCCCUACAUCUGGAACGGACCCAAAAAUGGCUCUGCUGUUCCAAGCCUCCAUUUGCACAAGCCACCAGAUCAACUAGUUUCUGGACUCGGUGUCCAACUGCAGUCUCGACUCGUAGGAGUGACCUGAUCGGAGGUAGGAGCCUUUGAGAUGUUGAAGGGCCUGAUAGCGUAGAGGCCCCGGAAAAAUAGCCUGAAUGGAAGCCACGAGUAGGCCCAGGAUCCUUGCCAACUGUCUGAGUGACAGAUCCAAAGCUCGAAGGGCUCGCCUGAGUUCCUUCUUUAUGACUUUUAUUUUGGGUUCCGGGAGAUACAGGAACUGCUGGAUAGAGUCCACCCGGAAAGCCAAGAAUUCUAUGGAUUGCGCUGGGGUCAGCACCGACCUUUCCCAAUUGAUCAGGAAACCCAAGUUCUGAAGCAAAUUGGUUGUCCAGGUCACAUGUAACUGAAGCUGAUCCCGCGACUGGGACAUGAUCAGGAUGUCGUCCAGAUAGAUAAUCAACCAAACACCCCAUGUGCGGAGGAAAGACAUUACCGGUUUCAUAACCUUGGUGAAACACCAAGGAGCUGAUGAGAGACCGAAUGGUAUACAUGUAAACUUCCAAUGUUUUCCUCGUCAGGUAAAAUGGAGAAAAUGUCUGUGUUCCAUGGUGAUUGGAACCGGGAAAUACGCGUUCCGUAAGUCCAGUUUGUUCAACCAGCCCGACGUCUGGAGAGAUAAUCGGUCCAGCACCUCAGGAGCAGUACCUGUCCUCCAGAAACUUGGCUGCGGUAUCCCCUGUUUCCCAAUCAGCUGCAGAAAUAGGGGAUCCUAUAGACUAGUCCUGGGAGGAACCUCAACUUGCAGGUGGAGAUGGCACCGAGAUCUCUCCACCGGCCCUACAGGGAUGCUGGGCAGCUGGCCCAGAUCCCCAACUACAGCUGGAGUUCCCGGGAGUAGAGACAGUCGGGAGUAGAGAAAUCUGAAUGGGUACGUAAAAAUCAGUUAAAAGAUCCAAGAUAUUAGUCCUAAUUACAUAGAACUUUCAAGAACUGAAGAAAUAAAAAAUGUAUGCUAUAAGAGUUGCAAUAGCUUUAUUGACAGAAUAUAAUUAAAAAGAGAAUAGUCCCCUGUCUUUACUGGAAAAAUGUAAAUACAUAAACAAAUAAUGGCACAAAAAUAUAGUGAGGGCCCAGCUAUAUUUGCAAUAAAAGCAAAGGUUUAUCCAACACUGUUGCAAACACCGGGAACAACAUUGAAUGAUCUAUUUAUUAGUAAUUUGAUAAACUUGCUUCCUGUGUUCUCAUUUAGAUAUGAUACAUUACAGGGCCCCAAGAAGUGAAAUGAGAGCUGGUGGUUGAUGAUGUAGAUCAACACAGAUAUAUUUACGUGCAGGCUAUAAGUCAAUAACUGCAAUUGUUGGUCCUCAUAAUUCUGCAUAUUCCCAUUGCAGUGUCAACCUCUUGCAGGCAAUCAUUUUAUUUAAUAACAAAGAACGCCACUAGGGGGCAGUGGAGGAGUCCACCACCUAGGUCUGUGUGCAUUGUAAUGCCGCUGCUCAUGGAAUAAUAUAAUAAUAAAAAAAAAAAAAAAAAGAAUGGCCCUGUCUCCGCCUGCUUGAUGCUAGCUAGACCGAGGCCUAAUUAUCUUAAACGUAAUUAUAAGCCCAUUAAUUUAGUAUUAAAAUAAUUAUCUUCUAAAGGAGUGGAACUGUGGUUAUUUGUUUUGAUAGAAUCAAGCCUUUUUAGUUGCUGUUUAGGGUUUAAUUACACUGUUAAUGUGUUUAUAUUUUCAGAUGAUCAUUAGUGUUGGUAUUAAUUGAAAACUAAAUUGUUAAGGAAUCCAUACCUGUUAUAACUAAGAGGUUAGUCCUCCAAGUGGUCUCAGAAAUCUCCACUUUGUUUAAUCCAUACAGGAAAACCAAGACACUCCAAUCACAAGGCCUGCAAGAAUACAUUCGUCUAGCUUUUCUCUGGUAAGUAUCGAAUGGAUUCAGGUUGCAAAUAUGGCAUUGCCAAUUGGAGUGGAUGGUAGUCAACAUGGUAUGGAGAUAUGUAAUAUGUUAAAUCGCCACGCAGGGGCGUACCUAGAGCAUUUGGCACCCGGGGCGGAUCCUGUGCUUGGCAACCCCUCCCCCCCCACCCAAAAAAAAAAAGAACCUGUAAAAAAUGUUAAAGGUUUUCUCUCUUUUUUUUUUUACAAUUUGUAAACUUUGCAAAACCGCUGUCAGCCCCUCCUACAAAACCCUUGUCCUGCGCCGCUCCUCCUACAAAACCUCUGUCCUGCCCCUUCUACAAUUCCUGUACUGCCCCGUCUACAAAACCCCCGCAACCCCCUUCCACAAAUCCCCUGCUUAUCCCCCCUUAUAAAGACUCCUGUCCCAAUACAAAACCCCCGCCCCCUUCUACAAAAUCCCUGCAGCCCCACACACUCAGUUACAGACAGUCAUACACUCAGUUACAGGCAGACAGUCACACACAGUCACAGGCAGACAGUCACACAUACACUUUUCCUCCGUGCGGCCAGUUUAUCAGCUGUUUGCUUGUGUGAGCUGUACUGGCCGCACGGCACCCUAACUACCAUGGGACACUGUGCGGCCACAGCUCAUACAGCCCCCUCCAGCCAGGGCCGGUGCAAGGAUUUUUGCCGCCCUAGGCAAAAGUAAAGUUUGCCGCCCCCCCCCAUGUGACAUCACAAUGCCCCACCCAUAUGAUUUGCCAUGUUAACUAAUGCCAGUGCUGCAGUGCCGCUGUGUUUACAUUAAAAGGCCUGCAGGGACAGGCUAUAGACACCAGAACCACUACAUUAAGCUGAAGUGGUUCUGGGGACUAUAUUAUUUCUUUAAUGUGAGGUAAAUUAGAGAUUAGUGCCACGAAUAAUAUACUAUAUUGUCUACUUACAACCAGAUGAGGAUGAUGAUGGGCUCUAGCUGCAGUCUGGCUCCACUGGUCUGGUACAGAACAGGCUCUCUGGAGGCGGUUUGUAACUGUGGUCACAAAAAUCAAUGUUCUGGGAGAACGGGAAGCAGCUCCAUUUUUUGGGGGUCCUUUACACAGCUCAAGGUCUGGGUCCCAGGGUCCACCUUCAUGUUUCACCAAUGAGUUUGUUCACAGGGGGUGGAGUGUGUAGGGGAUGUCCUGAUACAUGUGUAAGGAAUGCAUUGUGUGAAAUUGUGUUUGUAUGUGUAAGGGCUGCAAGGUGUGUUUCUGUGUAUGUACGGGAUGCAUUGAAUGUGUGUAAUGAAUGCAUUGUGUGUUUCUGUGUGUGUAAGGGAUGCAUUGUGUGUAACGGUUGCAUUGCUUGUGUAUAUGUGUCUGUGUGUGAUGAAUGUCAAUCUCCCCCCCCCCUCCUCCUAAUUUCUCUUUCUCCCCCCCCCCUAAUAUCUUUCUCCCCUCCCCCCACCUCAGUUGUAGCGUGGCCGAGCCCUCUAUUGGUCCACGGGUACAGGGAGCUUUUGUUUCCUGUACCCGGCCGGACUAAAAGGAACUGCACACUGAGCGCUUCCCUCCUGUGAGCCCCUCUCCUCAGGCUGCGCCCGGGCGGUGCGGUCCGCCCUCAUGGACGCACCGCCCGGGCAAAGCUGCAGCCGCCUGAGGCUCUCUACAGAGCGCUCGGGCGGUUGCAGAUGGGGGGCCGGCGCCCCCUCCCAAGGCACCCCCCCACCCUGCUGGCACCCGUGGCGGACCGCCCCCCUUCCCCCCCUUUAGUACGCCACUGUCUCCACGUAAGAUACGAGGUGUCACAAUCUGCAUAGGAGACAAGGACACCAAGGGUUAUACAACUUUAAUAUAGUUACACGUUAUAGGGGUCUGUCUUUUGUCCACCUGAUAAAUCUUCUUUGGCAUAGCCAGUUUGUCAAAGGCCUUUAUCCAUCAGAACAGCAUCCCAACCUAUCUUAGGCCUUGUACUGAAGCAAGGCACUCAUCCUCUUAUGUCCUGUAUUGGUGCCUGGUUUAUAAACCCCAUUACACUGGAUGGCAUAGUGUAACAGUGAUGGUUUUAUAAGAGCUUGGUGCGGGGAUGCUAAGCAUUGUACACCUACCAACUGUCACAGUUUUAGGUGAAAAAGACCCAUUUUAUAGCACAGAUUACUUUUUCCUACCACGAUGUUCCUCUUCUCUAGGAACUAAGACUGUUUAUGGAUGAGUACAUCACAGAGAUCCACUACAACAGAACUCUCACUAUUCACAGAGCUACACAGUAUAACAAUUCACAGCAUUGUGCAUAGUGUAUGAAUGUAUAACAGAGCUCCACAUUAAUACAAGUCACAGAGAGUAAAUUGAAUGCAUAACAGAGCUUCACGGCUGUUGUAAACAAUGUCCUUUGCUCCUCUCAUGAAUGGCAAAACUAGUAAAGCGGCUAUGAAUAGACUUCAAAGUAAAAUGAGAUUGGACACAAUGUCAAACACUAGGUAGUAAAACUAAUACAGAGUUAUAAACUUGAUGUAUUGGAUGGAUCCACAGUACGGCGUACGGGACCAAGAGGGAGUGACUACUGUGGUUUCUACCUGCCAGAAUAUAUUUACGCGCACUUUGCUCAGUGUUACACUCGUACACUUGAAUGGGACUUCCCAGGUGGCUGAAAAAUAUUGAGCUUUUUUUGCAGCCAUUGUAAAUAGGCAGCAAGACACAGACCCUUUGGAGGUUUAAUUUAAAAAAGAUCCUCAGAUGUUCAUUAAACUAAUGUCUGCAAAUAACCACAUCAUUAACCCACAAUUUUCUUUAAUUAUUUUUCGGAUAAUACAUUGUUUCUCCUCUAUGUACGCAGAGAGAAGAUAAGGUGACACAGAGUUUAAAAGCUAAUCGACGCUAUUCCAUGGAUUCAGCUAUGCCGGUAAGUUAUGAAGAGGUUGGUGGGAUGACAGGAGGGCUCUCUGAUAUUAUAGAAAAUGCACAAACACAGGUUGCGCCAGUCGAUGGAUAAAGAGAUAAAAUGAGUAAAUAUGAGUCAAAUGCAAGUAAUAUUUUUAAACUUUUCUGUCUUUUUAGCAAAAAGUCCGCACACGACUUUCUACUGAGAAGCGUCCAUUGGUAAGUAGAAUCUAAUCAUGGCAGGGCUCUCAAUGAAUGAGAUUGGGAUGAAAUUUGAAAGCUGCCUUUUAGUGUUGGUUUAUCUGUUGAACAUGAAGGUGCUGGGGGAAGAGACAGACAGGUGAUGGGACGAGAAAGGGACACACAAAGGGGCGAUAAAAUACACUUCAGGGAUAAGAUAUUCAAAAGAGUGGAUAAGAAACACGAAAAGGGGUAAUUGAAAAGGGAGACACACAGGUUAAGAUGCUUUUUUUUGUGGGGCCGGGUAGCAGCAAAAUGCAUCUUGCCCGUGUAGCCAAACAUACUUGCAUCAACCAUGUGUGUGUUGAGGAAGAAAGUUGAGUGUGUGUGGGGAAGUUUCCCUACAUAUCUCCCCCUUUUCCCCGAUCCUUCCAAAAGAUAAGCAGGAUGGGGGUCAAAUAAAAAAGGGAAAUAUUUAAUAUAGUUAGGCACCCAUUUGUAAGUUCACCAUCAACAUCUCAGGGUUUACUCACUGAACUCCAAACUGCUGUGAAUCAAGCAGAAUUGCUAAAUUCUGGUUUCAGCUGUGACUGCAGCUGAGCUGGAGAGUAUUUCUAAAUGAACUAUUUUAAAUUUCACAAUUUAAUUUUCAAUUUACUGCACUUUGGUAUUUAGCAAAUUGACCAUCAGUCUUCAUGGCUUAUCAUCCUUCUCCCCUCUCCCCUCUCAUUCCUCUCUGUUGAAAGGGACCCACCAGACCCCUUAAAUACUUUUGCUUGCUGAAGUGCAUUAGGGGUUUUCUGCAUGUCCCCCUUACUUAAUUACUAAAAAAUUCAAAUUCAAGAUUGUAACGGAUCGACGGGCACCCCGACUGGGUACCUCCAUUGAAGGAUGCUCCUAGCGCUUCCUGAGGACUCCAAGCACUGCAGCAGACACCACAACCACCGUAGACUCCUUCAGAGAGCAAAAAACAAGAGCUUAGUGAUUAUAGCAAGGGAGUAUGCAGAGCAUAGCAAUCUCUUGUAGCAGAUUCCCCCAAUAAGAGACGGCACUCCAAAUUGAGGGUGAAGUAGAACUGACUUUUAAUGACACAUACUCUGCUUUUAUGCAAUUCUCCCCUGCAAGGGAGACGCCCACAGACAAUUACACAAUACCCAAUCACACAAUGGUUACAUCCCACUCAUCUCCUCCCCUUAGCCUGAGAGGUAACCCAAUUAUCCAUACAUUUGAAAACACACUUUUUACCCAACUUUCAUAACUCUAAAACCAUACAUCCAAUAUUAAUACAAGUCACAUAUUAUUAAUCGGCACAUUCCCAAUACAAACAUACACAAAAAUCAUUCAAAUCCGUUCAGCCGUUCAGGAGAUACAUAUAAGUCACUUUUGACUGACCGCAGGCACAUUUUCAUGCCCAUAACAGUUCCAUGGAUUUGGGCUGUGCGGUCGGUCUAUUUUACACUGAGAAAAUGACUAAGUGCCAUUCGAACGAGCGUUCGAAUCUUCGAACGGGACUUAGUUUCCAGCCGCAGUGUCGAAGUAGAGUAAAACGUAUGAGUCAGCGGUGUUCGUGCAAUUGGAUAGCCGCAAACAGAUUCAUAGAUUUGGCUGCACACACCGCUGACCCCGUUCGAAUUAGUUAAAAUGGCCGCCGCCACGUGUUCGGUAUUCGAAUGGCGGCCACUUCGACAACUUCGACACUUUGACGACUUCGACAACUUCGACUGCAUCAGAAGUGCCAGUUUAAAAGUACAAAAUCCUUUCUUUGGGCCUUAAAGGGCCAGCAGCAUAAUAACAUACAAUAUGCCCAAAUACUGUAUUUAAAGGCCCAAAUCUCCCAGGGGCCAUAGUCAGCAGGCAGGAGGCGGGCAACCAGGCUUCUCUAAUGCCCAGUGGCGAGGUUGGUUUCACCACAAAGAUAAAUCAGCUUUUCUGUGAAUUGAAUUAGGAACGCCGAGUGGCCAGCAACCUGGCAGUCAGAUGGGCGUCCUUAUUCAGCAUGCUUGAAUUUUCCUUUAAGUGGAAGUGACAGAUUCCACAGGGAAGCAUUUGUUUAAUUCUUUCCUAUAGAAACAUUCUAUUUGGAGAUUAUUGCAUUCUAUUGGCGCAUUCACGUGAAUUGCUGCACAUGUGCUAAUUCUAUGCGGAGAAGAAGGGAGACUGUUAUCACUGUAUAAUAGAGACACAUGUUUAUACGCUGACACAAAUCCUAACAUUCUUACACUGUACCCUACACACCCUAACCAAAUUCACAUUGCCUUAUUCAAAAAUCCAUCCACACUUACAUCCACACUUACACAGAGUGUGUGUAUAUAAUGCAGAGUGUGUGUUUGUAUGAGUGUGUGUGUGUGUGUAUAUAAUGCAGAGUGUGUGUGUGUAUAUAAUGCAGAGUGUGUGUUUGUAUGAGUGUGUGUGUAUAUAAUGUAGAGUGUGUGUUUGUAUGAGUGUGUGUGUGUAUAUAAUUAUAAAAAUCACAGAAUUUCAUAGCCCCAAGUUUUACCCUCGACUUAUCCACGAGGCAUAGUAUAUUUCACAAUUGUUGGUCACAAAACUGCACUCGACUUAUACAUGAGAUCGACUUAUACACGAGUAUAUACGGUAAUCAGUUUAAAACAAAUGAAAUUAACAAAAAAAGGUAAAAUCUACUAAGCAGUCUUUUAUUCAGUAUGUGCAGAAAAAAUGAAAGCCUGUCAAAAGGGGAAUAUAGAAGAGUAGGACAAUCAAGUAAUACAAUCUGAAUGGGUACCUAAAAAUCAGUUAAAAGAUCCAAGAUAUUAGUCCUAAUCUCUUAGAACUGAAGGAAUAAAAAAUAUAUAAGAUUUGCAAUAGCUUUAUUGACAGAAUAUAAUUAAAAAGAGUAUAAUCCCCUGUCUUUAUUGGAAAAACAUAAAUACAUAAACAAAUAAUGGCACAAAAAUGUAGUGACUCAAUGGCCCAGCUAUAUUUGCAAUAAAAGCAAAGGUUUAUCCAACAUUGUUGCAAACACCGGGAACAACAUUUAAUUAUCUAUUUAUUGGUAAUUUGAUAAACUUGCUUCCUGUGUUCUCAUUUAGAUAUGAUACAUUACAGGGCCCCAAGAAGUGAAAUGAGAGCUGGUGGUUGAUGAUGUAGAUCAACACAGAUAUAUUUACGUGCAGGCUAUAAGUCAAUAACUGCAAUUGUUGGUCCUCAUAAUUCUGCAUAUUCCCAUCGCAGUGUCAACCUCUUGCAGGCAAUCACUUUAUUUAAUAACAAAGAACACCACUAGGGGGCAGUGGAGGAGUCCACCACCUAGGUCUGUGUGAAUUGUAAUGCCGCUGCUCAUGGAAUAAUAUAAUUUAAAAAAAAAAGAAUGGCCCUGUCUCCGCCUGCUUGAUGCUAGCUAGACCGAGGCCUAAUUGUCUUAAACGUAAUUAUAAGCCCAUUAAUUUAGUAUUAAAAUAAUUAUCUUCUAAAGGAGUGGAACUGUGGUUAUUUGUUUUGAUAGAAAUGAGCCUUUUUAGUUGCUGUUUAGGGUUUAAUUACACUGUUAAUGUGUUUAUAUUUUCAGAUGAUCAUUAGUGUUGGUAUUAAUUGAAAACUAAAUUGUUAAGGAAUCCAUACCUGUUAUAACUAAGAGGUUAGUCCUCCAAGUGGUCUCAGAAAUCUCCACUUUGUUUAAUCCAUACAGGAAAACCAAGACACUCCAAUCACAAGGCCUGCAAGAAUACAUUCGUCUAGCUUUUCUCUGGUAAGUAUCGAAUGGAUUCAGGUUGCAAAUAUGGCAUUGCCAAUUGGAGUGGAUGGUAGUCAACAUGGUAUGGAGAUAUGUAAUAUGUUAAAUCGCCACGCAGGGGCGUACCUAGAGCAUUUGGCACCCGGGGCGGAUCCUGUGCUUGGCAACCCCUCCCCCCCCACCCAAAAAAAAAAAGAACCUGUAAAAAAUGUUAAAGGUUUUCUCUCUUUUUUUUUUUACAAUUUGUAAACUUUGCAAAACCGCUGUCAGCCCCUCCUACAAAACCCUUGUCCUGCGCCGCUCCUCCUACAAAACCUCUGUCCUGCCCCUUCUACAAUUCCUGUACUGCCCCGUCUACAAAACCCCCGCAACCCCCUUCCACAAAUCCCCUGCUUAUCCCCCCUUAUAAAGACUCCUGUCCUAAUACAAAACCCCCGCCCCCUUCUACAAAAUCCCUGCAGCCCCACACACUCAGUUACAGACAGUCACACACAGUCAGACACAGGCAGACAGUCACACACAGUCACAGACAGACAGUCACACAUACACUUUUCCUCCGUGCGGCCAGUUUAUCAGCUGUUUGCUUGUGUGAGCUGUACUGGCCGCACGGCACCCUAACUACCAUGGGCACUGUGCGGCCACAGCUCACACAGCCCCCUCCAGCCAGGGCCGGUGCAAGGAUUUUUGCCGCCCUAGGCAAAAGUAAAGUUUGCCGCCCCCCCCCAUGUGACAUCACAAUGCCCCACCCAUAUGAUUUGCCAUGUUAACUAAUGCCAGUGCUGCAGUGCCGCCGUGUUUACAUUAAAAGGCCUGCAGGGACAGGCUAUAGACACCAGAACCACUACAUUAAGCUGAAGUGGUUCUGGGGACUAUAGUGUUUCUUUAAUGUGAGGUAAAUUAGAGAUUAGUGCCACGAAUAAUAUACUAGAUUGCCUACUUACAACCAGAUGAGGAUGAUGAUGGGCUCUAGCUGCAGUCUGGCUCCACUGGUCUGGUGCAGAACAGGCUCUCUGGAGACGGUUUGUAACUGUGGUCACAAAAAUCAAUGUUCUGGGAGAACGGGAAGCAGCUCCAUAUUUUGGGGGUCCUUUACACAGCUCAUGGUCUGGGUCCCAGGGUCCACCUUCAUGUUCCACCAAUGAGUUUGUUCACAGGGGGUGGAGUGUGUAGGGGAUGUCCUGAUAUGUGUGUAAGGAAUGCAUUGUGUGAACUUGUGUUUGUAUGUGCAAGGGCUGCAAGGUGUGUUUCUGUGUAUGUACGGGAUGCAUUGAAUGUGUGUAAUGAAUGCAUUGUGUGUUUCUGUGUGUGUAAGGGAUGCAUUGUGUGUAACGGUUGCAUUGCUUGUGUAUGUGUGUCUGUGUGUGAUGAAUGUCAUUCUCCCCCCCCCCUAAUAUCUUUCUCCCCUCCCCCCACCUCAGUUGUAGCGUGGCCGAGCCCUCUAUUGGUCCCCGGGUACAGGGAGCUUUUGUUUCCUGUACCCGGCCGGACUAAAAGGAACUGCACACUGAGCGCUUCCCUCCUGUGAGCCCCUCUCCUCAGCCUGCGCCCGGGCGGUGCGGUCCGCCCUCAUGGACGCACCGCCUGGGCAAAGCUGCAGCCGCCUGAGGCUCUCUACAGAGCGCUCGGGCGGUUGCAGAUGGGUGGCCGGCGCCCCCUCCCAAGGCACCCCCCCACCCUGCUGGCACCCGUGGAGGACCGCCCCCCCUUAGUACGCCACUGUCUCCACGUAAGAUACGAGGUGUCACAAUCUGCAUAGGAGACAAGGACACCAAGGGUUAUACAACUUUAAUAUAGUUACACGUUAUAGGGGUCUGUCCUUUGUCCACCUGAUAAAUCUUCUUUGGCAUAGCCAGUUUGUCAAAGGCCUUUAUCCAUCAGAACAGCAUCCCAACCUAUCUUAGGCCUUGUACUGAAGCAAGGCACUCAUCCUCUUAUGUCCUGUAUUGGUGCCUGGUUUAUAAACCCCAUUACACUGGAUGGCAUAGUGUAACAGUGAUGGUUUCAUAAGAGCUUGGUGCGGGGAUGCUAAGCAUUGUACACCUACCAACUGUCACAGUUUUAGGUGAAAAAGACCCAUUUUAUAGCACAGAUUACUUUUUCCUACCACGAUGUUUCUCUUCUCUAGGAACUAAGACUGUUUAUGGAUGAGUACAUCACAGAGAUCCACUACAACAGAACUCUCACUAGUCACAGAGCUACACAGUAUAACAAUUCACAGCAUUGUGCAUAGUGUAUGAAUGUAUCACAGAGAGUAAAUUGAAUGCAUAACAGAGCUUCACAGCUGUUGUAAACAAUGUCCUUUGCUCCUCUCAUGAAUGGCAAAACUAAUAAAGCGGCUAUGAAUAGACUUCAAAGUAAAAUGAGAUUGUGUGAUGGUCACCUUUCUAGCCAAACCCCUUAAAACACAGUUAUUCAUACUUUAUACAUUAUUUGAAAUAUUAAAAGGACACAAUGUAAAACACUAGGUAGUAAAACUAAUACAGAGUUAUAAACUUGAUGUAUUGGAUGGAUCCACAGUACGGCGUACGGGACCAAGAGGGAGUGACUACUGUGGUUUCUACCUGCCAGAAUAUAUUUACGCGCACUUUGCUCAGUGUUACACUCGUACACUUGAAUGGGACUUCCCAGGUGGCUGAAAAAUAUUGAGCUUUUUUUGCAGCCAUUGUAAAUAGGCAGCAAGAAACAGACCCUUUGGAGGUUUAAUUUAAAAAAGAUCCUCAGAUGUUCAUUAAACUAAUGUCUGCAAAUAGCCACAUCAUUAACCCACAAUUUUCCUUAAUUAUUUUUCGGAUAAUACAUUGUUUCUCCUCUAUGUACGUAGAGAGAAGAUAAGGUGACACAGAGUUUAAAAGCUAAUCGACGCUAUUCCAUGGAUUCAGCUAUGCCGGUAAGUUAUGAAGAGGUUGGUGGGAUGACAGGAGGUCUUUCUGAUAUUAUAGAAAAUGCACAAACACAGGUUGUGCCAGUCGAUGGAUAAAGAGAUAAAAUGAGUAAAUAUGAGUCAAAUGCAAGUAAUAUUUUUAAACUUUUCUGUCUUUUUAGCAAAAAGUCCGCACACGGCUUUCUACUGAGAAGCGUCCAUUGGUAAGUAGAAUCUAAUCAUGGCAGGGCUCUCAAUGAAUGAGAUUGGGAUGAAAUUUGAAAGCUGCCUUUUAGUGUUGGUUUAUCUGUUGAACAUGAAGGUGCUGGGGGAAGAGACAGACAGGCGAUGGGACGAGAAAGGGACACACAAAGGGGCGAAAAAAUACACUUCAGGGAUAAGAUAUUCAAAAGAGUGGAUAAGAAACACAAAAAGGGGUAAUUGAAAAGGGAGAUACACAGGGCGGGGUAGCAGCAAAAUGCAUCUUGCCCGUGUAGGCAAAAAUACUUGCAUCAACCAUGUGUGUGCUGAGGAAGAAAGUUGAGUGUGUGUGGGGAAGUUCCCCUACAUAUCUCCACUUUUUCCCGAUCCUUCCAACAGGUAAGCAGGAUGGGGGUCAAAUAAAAAAGGGAAAUAUUUAAUAUGUUUUGGCACCCAUUUGUAAGUUCACCUUCAUUAUCUCAGGGUUUACUCACUAAACUCCAAACUGCUGUGAAUCAAGCAGAAUUGCUAAAUUCUGGUUUCAGCUGUGACUGCAGCUGAGCUGGAGAGUAUUUCUAAAUGAACUAUUUUAAAUUUCACAAUUUAAUUUUUCAAUUUACUGCACUUUGGUAUUUAGCGAAUUGACCAUCAGUCUUCAUGGCUGAUCAUCCUUCUCCCCCAUCAGACCGCUUAAAUACUUUUGCUUGCUCAAGUGCAUUAAUGGUUUACUGCAUGUCCCCCUUACUCAAUUCCUAAAAAAAUUCAAAUUCAAGAUAAAUCAGCUUUUCUGUGAAUUGCAUUAGGAACGCAGAGUGACCAGCAACAUGGCAGCCAGAUGGGCGUCAUUAUUUAUCAAGCUUGAAUAUUCCUUUAAGUGGAAGUAAGAAAUUCCAUAUUGAAACAUUUGUUUAAUUCUUUCCUACAGAAACAUUCUAUUUGGAGAUCAUUGCAAUUUAUUGGCGCAUUCACGUGAAUUGCUGUACAGGUGCUAAUUCUAUCUGGAUAUAACUGCGGCUGGUUCCCUUAUUUACCACUAUAACAUCUUAAAGCUUAGUAGGGCUAACCAUACAGAUAUCUUAGCCAUAAUUUUAUAUAUAGUUAGUUGGUGUAAGAGAUCCUCUAUUUAACAUAUAUAAAUAAUUGAGAAUACAAUAUAAAAUAAGGAUUGUCUUGGAAGCAAUAACGUUUGGUCUUUUAUUAUAUAAAAAUAUAAAUAUAGACAUAAAAUCCAUUGCAAUAAUUUUUAGCAGAGUUUAUAAGAUUAAACUAAAUGCUUGAAAAUAUCAUUAAUAGGUUAACAUACCCUCCUGAUCAAGUCAGCCUCUCUGUCAUUUUAAGAUGGAGCAGCAUCUGUCUCCAAGUCUCUCCUCUGUGUCUUAACAUUUAAAAGUACACCUAUUUAUCCCUUAGGUGUUUUCAUUUUAGGGUUACCGUAGUUCAUAUAUGAAAAAGUAACACUUCUUUUACUUUAUUCAUUUUAGGACCUCCCUUAACUUGGCAAACAUACAAGGCCAUAACUAAAGGGUGUAUAGUCAUGGAAAUUUUCCUGACUUAGUUCAAGAUAGCAUCUUAAAGUCUGAACCUUAUCUACUUAAGAUUACCACAGUAUAUUGUGUACUGAAAGAGUCAUAAAAUAGCCUUGAAGCUUGUUUAUGCAUUAUUGUGAUUGUAAUUCGUCUGGGACAAAAUGGCGCAAACAUAAUAUGCACUGUAGGUAGGUAAGAGGUUAUUGCUUAAAGAAAUAUUUAUGAAAAACAAUAUGUUUCAUUUCUAACACCUUGUCCGUUUGCACACAGUUUUAGAAAUACAACAUUUCAUCCUAAAACCUGUAAUAUUUGCAUUUGCCCAUAACACAGAGAAGGGAGACUGUCAUCAUUGUAUAAUAGAGACACAUGUGUAAACACAUUGCCAUAUAUUUAUACGCUCACACAAAUCCUAAAACUUUUACACUGUACCCUUCACACACCAUAACUACACCAUAACCAAAUUUACACUGCCUUAUUCAAAAAUCCAUCCACACUUACACGUCCUUAUACACACACACAUACUCAUACACUCACACAGUCUUGUACAAAUCCCCAUACACACACUCAUACAACUUCACGCAUGCAUUCACACAACAUUAUAGAAACAUCCAUACAGACACACACACUGCCUUAUAAAUGCAUCCAAACAGACACACAAACUGCCUUAUACAUACAUGAUGUAUGAUAAAAAAAAAAUGUAAAUCUCUUUAGUUUGGAAAAACGGCGCCUCAGUGUGGUUAUGAUAACAUUACACAAAUAUAUUCGGGGCCAGUACAAACCAUUAUCUGGAAAUCUAUUCAUAAACAGGGCUAUACAUAGGACACGACAUCACACAUUUAGGCUGGAAGAAAGGAGAUUUAAUCUAAAGCAAAGAAAGAGUAUUUUUUUACAGUAAGAGCAAUAAGGAUAUGGAAUUCUCUGCCGGAAUAGGUGAUUUUAUCAGAGUCCAUACAGGUGUUUAAACUGCAAUUGGAUAACUACAUAACAUACAGGGAUAUAAUUUCUAAUUAGUGGGGUUACAGCUGCUUGAUCCAAGGAGAUAUCUGGCUGCUGGUUUGGGGUCAAGAAGGAAUUUUUUUCUAGUUUGUUGCAAAAUUGGAAGCGCUUCAGACUGGGGGUUUUUGCCUUCUUUUGGAUCAACAGCAAAAACAUGUGUGAGGAUGGCUGAACUUGAUGGACGCAAGUCUCUUUUCAGCUAUGUAACUAUGAUACAUCUAUGCACUAAACAGCCUCAUGCAUACACACAUCUAUUCUGUCAAGUAUUUUCCCGUCAAGAUUCUGUAAGUGAAAAUGACUUACUUAAAAGGAAUCAUUCUGACACAUCUAAGCCCCCCGAUUCCUGAGAGGUCUGUCUGAAAGAAAAAGUAAAAAAUAGGAAAUGUUCAAUAUGACUGAUCUUGGUGCUUAAAGCAAAAAUCACUUUCUACCUUCAUCUAUAGUUCGAUGACUUCAUAGAAAUUAUCCAGGAAUUGUAUUUUGUAGGGGCUUGACCAAGCAAUGGGGUCUGCUUGAGGCACUCUUAUGCUGUGAAGCUUGACUGGGGAGAAGUAUAUAGUUGGAUCUAAUUCACAUAAUAUUUUUUAAACUUCUCUGUCUUUGCAGAACAAAGUCUGCACACGAUUUUCUGUGAAGAAUUACAGUAUUUUCUGGCGCAUUAGAUGACUUUUUAACCCUGGAAAAUCUUCUCCAAAGUCGGGGGUCAUCUUAUACGUCGGGUAGAGGGUCUAUAUGGCUGCCGGGGGCGCCCUGCGUCCCCAUCGCCGGCCCUUCUAAUGCUGCAGCCGUCUGAGUGCUCUAUAGAGAGCGCUCAGACGGCUGCCGCACUGCCUUUUCUCACCUCCCCUUCCCUGUGCAGAGUGGGUGGCCGAUCUCCUCUUCGUCCUGUCAGUCCGGCCGGGUACCGCGCGGUACAGGAGAUUCAGUUACCUGUUCCUGGCCGGACUGAAAGGAAGUCCGGCCGGACUGACAAGAUGAAGAGGAGCUCGGCCACCCACUCUGCACAGGGAAGGGGAGGUGAGAAGAACGUAGGGAGGAUUGGGGGGGGGGGACAUGAUGGAGGGGGGGAGUAAGAAGAAUAUAUCGCAAUUAGCCUCCUGUGUGCUAGACCAGCAGGCAUGGAUUAUAUGCCCAAACAGCCUGGCACAUACCUGGGCUUUAAAUGCUAUUUCAGAUUAUCAUUAUUUAAUGUCUUGCUGUGUAGCUCAGUCUGCUCACUGUACAUCAUGGCUAAUUUUUAUUUGGUGUGCAUUGGAAGAGGGGUAGUCUUAUACGGUGAGUAUAUCCCAAACUCUAUAUUUUAACUGGAAAAGUUGGGGGUCGUCUUAUACGCCCAGUCGUCUUAUACGCCGGAAAAUACGGUGUUCACUGGUAAGUAGACUCUAAUCAUAUCAGGGCUCUGAAAGAAUAAGGGAUGAUAUUUGCAGGCUGCCUUUGUGUUGGUUUGUCUAUUGAACUGAAGCUGUUACCCCACCCCACCUGCAUACCCCAAACUUCAUGGGAAAAAUAAAUAAAUAAAAUGUAUUUAUUUAAGAAAAUGUUAUUUAUAGAAACAAAUUUGUUGUUGCACACAUUAAUGUGCUUAAGAAUAUACAAUUCCACGUGGUGAGGUUCCUACAAGUACUAAAUUGUGUUAGCCCAGAAGCUCUGUAUCAUCAUGCAUACCCUUUUUUUACCUGUAUAUGAAGAUAUUAUGCAGCACCAUACUGGUAGUGAACAAUGGGACAUUUAAUCCUCUAUCUAUGCCAGAUCUUUAAAACAAGAAAUAUGGGGAAAAAAAGACGUAAACGACUGUACGUCAAAAAUCCUUUUUUUUUUUUCAUUUAAAAAUGGCGUAUGUUUCUAUCAUACCAACCUUUUUACGAUAUCUAGGUCAAUGAACGCUAUAGUUAAAUGAUACUUUAAUCAACAAAAGGAAACACAAUCUUAUAUUUAAAAUACAAAUUUGCAACAAGCACAUGUAAUUACACAAUAAUUCCUCCCUGCACUGCCUUGAUCCUGUUACUAGGGGUCACUAUUUGAGUCUUAUUAUUCCUGUGUGGUACACAGUCUUAGCUGGUUAACAAAAUGGUAAAAAAUCACAAAGGGCUGCACAGUAUCAUAAGACACCUCGAAUGUAUGGGUUAACGGAAUAACACACCAGGCCUGCAGCUACAACGCGCGUUUAGUGCACUCACUAGGUUUUAUUUUUCCCUUCCUUUAGUUUAUGUAUCUUUGUAUUUGGUGCAAGACAACUGGCCAAGUGGCCAUUAAACAGGGAUGUCUUGCUUGUUUAGCCUUUGUGCUAAUGGCCAAUGUAGGGAACAGCCAGUUUUGCAUCCUGUAACUUCAGUCUUGGUGUAUACUUUGUAUACUCACAGAUUUUGGACUACUUAUGAUACUGUGCAGUCUUUUGUGUUUAAAAUAAAAUAAAUAUUCCACUUACUCUGGCUUCAUUAACUGGGUUAGAACGGUACUUAUUACUCAGGAAUAGUGAGACUCAAAUAGUGACCCCUAUCGACCAAAUUGGGUUAGUGCAGAGAGGGAUUAUUUGUUGUGCAAUUGCAUAUGCUUGUUGCAAACCUGUAUUUUAAAUGUAAGAUUUGUUUAGUUGGUUCAAGUAUCAAUUGACUAUUAUCUGUUGAGAUUAUAUACAAAUGUAGAUGCAUCCAAUAAGUCCACAAGGUUAGAACAAUGUACAACAGGAAUCUUGAGUUCAAUUUAUAUGUAUAUUCCUGUGUGUUGGUUCUUUAGAUUCCUGAGGUUUCAAACAGAAAUAUAGAAGAGGAGGAGGAAAAGACUGGGUUUCAACUUAAAUGACUGAGUUCAAGAAUUCUGAUGUCAAGAAAACCAGGUAUAACCAAUAUGCUCUCUAAAUUAAGUUGCAUUUUCUUGCUUAACCCUUUCACACUGAUAAUCUAACUCUGAAAAUCAUCCUACAAGUAACAGUCUCUGAGGUUUUAUAGGCUUCAAGCAAUACACAAUUAAGUGUAAUGUGGCACUGUCACCACCCCCUUCAAAUUGAGUAUUUCUAAAAUGUUUAUGAAAUACUCACAUUGCCAUUUCACUGUAAUUCCAACUCAGUCAAAGAUAAACAUUAGGAACUACUGUACUUAGUAUUUUUUAUAUGUCUGAUAAAACUUGAACUACCAACGUCAAGUUUAGUCAUUUCCCCCAGCUGUCAUCAAUAGGGGUUGUUGUGUGAGGGCGGAAUAAGAGAUGCAGAGUGUGAGAAUGUACAUGGGGCUGCAGGGUGUUGAGAAGGGUCAUGGGGCUGCAGGGUGUAGGAAGGGGACAUGGGGCUGCAGGGUGUAGGUAGGGGACAUGGGGCUGCAGGGUGUGAAAGGCGACAUGGGGCUGCAGGGUGUAGGAAGGGGACAUGGGGCUGCAGGGUGUGAGAGGGGACAUGGGGCUGCAGGGUGUAGGAAGGGGACAUGGGGCUGCAGGGUGUGAGAGGGGACAUGGGGCUGCUGGGUGAGAGAGGGGACAUGGGGCUGCUGGGUGAGAGGUGGGGCAAGGGCUGCUGGGUGAGAGGUGGGACAGUGUCUGUGGGUGGGGGGGCAUGGGCUGCUGGGUGAGAGGUGGAGACACGGGAUACAGGAUAUGAGAGAGGCUGCUGGGUGAUAGGAAGGGCAGGGUGUGAGGGGGACAUGGGGAUGAAAGGUGAGAGGGGGCAAGGGCUGCAAGGUGAGGUGUGGGGGGGUAGGGGCUGCUGUGUGAGAGGUGAAGAGGGGGGGGUCCUGGUGGGAGUGCUGGGUGGUGGGACAGAAGCUUCUGGGUUAGAGGGGGAAAUAUAGGAUGCAUGGUAUGAGAGAGGGAGAAAGGGGAUGCAGGAUAUAAGGGGGGGCAGGGAGACAGGGAAUGCUGAGUAUAAGAGAGGGGACAUGGGGCUGCAAGCUGAGAGGGGAAGACAGGGCUGCUGGGUGGGGGAAUAUGGGCUGCUGAGUGGGAGGGAGACAGGGAGGGCUGCGCAUUGGCGGAUCCAGGAGGGGGGCAAUGGGGCAAUUGUCCCCCCCGAGAUUCCCCCUUGCCGGCUAACGCAGGGCUGGCAUUUCCCAAGUGCCAGCCCUGCAAUGUGCCUGCGGACCAGGGAGGAAGAUCAGAGAUCUCCCUCCCCGGUCCGCAGGCACCGUGCUGACAGCCGGCGGCGGAGUGAGUGAGAGAGAGGACCCGGGAGCUCAGGCUGCAGCUCCUCCGGGUCCUCCUCUCGUGAGAUUUGGAGCGUUGCCGCGGUUACCACGGCAACACUCCAAAUCUCGCGAGAGUGAACUCUAGCCCUGGAGCGCGGGCUAGACUUCACUCUCCCCACUGGACCACCAGGGAAUCACCACUGGGACCACCAGGGACGGAGAAAUGUCCCCCCUCCUCCUCAAUAAAGGUAAGAAGGGAGGGGGGACAUAUUUAUUUUAUUUAAAAAAAUUAUAAAAAAUUAUUAUUAAUUAUUAUUAAAAAGCCUCCUCCCCCCCCCCUUUACACACACUGCCCCAUUACAGGGGGGCAGUGUGUGUGUAUGGGGAUAGUGUUUGCGGGGCAGUGUGUGUAAUGGGGGGGGGGAGGGUUUUCUUUUAUAAUAAAUUUUUAAAAUAAAUAUUCUGCCCCACAAACACUGCCCCCCAUACACACACUGCCCCACAAACACUGUCCCCAUACACACACUGCCCCACAAACACUGUCCCCAUACACACACUGCCACACAUGUACACACUGCCCCACAAACACUGUCCCCAUACACACACUGUCCCCUUACACACACUGUCCCCAUACACACACUGCCCCACAUACACACACUACCCCACACACAUGUCACCCACACACUGCCCCCUACACACACUCCCCAUACACACACUGCCCCACCACUGCCCCACACUGUCCCCAUACACUGCCCCACAUAUACACACUGCCCCACAAACACUGUCCCUAUACACACACUAUCCCACAAACACUGUCCCCAUACACACACUGCCCCCAGCCUGCACACCUGCCCCACAAACACUGUCCCCAUACACACACUGCCCCCAUGCACACACACUGCCCCACAAACACUGUCCCCAUACACACACUGCCCCACAAACACACACACUGCCCCCCAUACACACACUGUCCCCAUACACACCCUGCCCCAUACAUACACACACUGUCCCCAUACACACACUGCCCCAUACAACACCCCAUACAAACACUGUCCCCAUACACACACUGCGCCACAAACACUGUCCCCUACACACACUGCGCCACAAACACUGUCCCCAUACACACACUGGUCCACAAACAUUGUCCUCAUACACACACUGCCCCCAUAUACACUGCCCCACAAACACUGUCCCCAUACACACACUGCGCCACAAACACUGUCCCCAUACACACACUGCCCCACAAACACUGUCCCCAUACACACACUGCCCCCCAUACACACACACUGCCCCAAAAACACAUACAGUGCCCCCAUACAUACACUGCCCCCUAACACACACACUACAACCCUGACAUACACUGCCGCACUCACACACUUUUACCCUUAACACACACCACUGCUCCUAUACCCUAUAUCCCAGCAGAUCCCAGGUAAGUUGUCAAACUGUUCUUAAACGGUAUGACUACUUACUCUGGGGUGGAAUCCUGGCACUACUGACACCAUAACUACUACACUGAGCUGUAGUGGUUAUUGUGCCUGGAUUAUUUAUUUAAAUAAUCUACAAGUGCCCCUCCCGAGAUCAGGCUCUGGAUCCGCCACUGGGGCUGCGUGAGAGGGGGGCAGGGGAUGCAGCGUGAGAGGAGGACAGGGGCUGCAAGGUAAGAGGGGGACAGGGAAUGCAGGGUGAGAUGGUGACAGGGGUCCCAGGGUGAGAGGAGACAGGAAUGGCAGGGUAAUAGUGGGGCAGAGGCUGCAGGGUAAUAGUGGGGCAGUGGCUACAGGGUGAGAGAAUGGCGAGGGCUGCAGGGUGAGAGGGGAAGACAGGGGCUGCAGGGUGUGAGUGGGCACAUGGGGCUUCUGGGUGAAAGGGGGGCAGGGACUGCAGGGUGUAAAAGAGGGUGGGGUAGGGACUGCUGGGUGAGGAAGGAUGACAUGGGGCAAAAAACAAAAACCUACUCACCAAUCCCUCUUCCUUACCUUGAUCCUUAAGGCAUGAGAGGGUGCUGGGGAGGAAUUAUUUUCCCUGGUGGUCCAGUGGAAGAAGUAUCUGGUCUACACCCCUUGACAGAUGUAGACCAUGUGCACAGGGCCUGGGCUGUGCAUCAGUGAGCAGGCUGGUGAGAGAGAUCUUUGAUCUCCCCACCGUACAGAGCUCCCUCUAUGGUAGGGAGGUCAGGCAGCACCAGCCCGAUGGCCAGUCCGGACCUGGGUUCAGUUAAGUAUAAAACUCACCUUAUUCAAUGCUUUCCUAUGGGGAAAAUCUGAUGCUGGAGGUCCGUGAGGACGUCCAGCGUCAGAUCACAGACCAAAAGUCCAUUACGAAUCCGGAAGCGCCCCAGUGGCCAUCUGUUAGACAGCCACAGAGGGUAGACUUAGAGCUGCAAUGUAAACAUUCUCUGGAACAGCAAUGUUUUACAUUGCAGCACUAACUGCAAAAUUGACACAGCACCCAGACCACUUCAAUUAGCUGAAGUGGUCUGGGUGCUUUCAUUGUCCUUUUAAAGAAACUGAGGGACUAAAUAAAAGAGACUGAUGAAAACCUCAUCAUUAAUCCAUCUUAUGUUAGACUUAAGACUUAAGUCUAUUAGCAUCAUCCUGCACCUCCAAAAAGGAGUCAUGAUGGUUAAAGGCCAAGAGAUCUCACUUCUGAGGCAGGUGUUGAGUCUGUCCAUGUGUACAUAGAUACAGGACCCAAAAAAGUAUCUUUAAUCACGUAACCUUAUUAUUCAUGUUCUUUGAUUAUUAUUUCCAUUUUUAAAGCGCCAAUACGUACUACUGUAAAAUGGGUACAUAGAGAAGACAAGUAAUUUUGACAAUAAAAGUCCAGCGUAUGGAAAAAAAAAAAAAAAUCGGUGAUGUAGAUAACGAUUAAACAAGCUUACAGUCUAAAGGAAGUGGGCAAUAAUUAUACACAAGAGCAAGUGUAAGUUAUCCAGAAGAUAGGACAAGGUGUACUAACACUAUUCAAUAUACUCGUAAUAUAACAUACAGUAGAUAACAGUUGGAUUGAUUUGAGCAGAUUUUCCACAUCAGACAGUGAAGUUAGAGUGCUGUAGUGAGAGAAACUGGUUGGUUAGCAUUUGUGCUUCCCUAAGGAAGAUUGUGCAAUAAAUGGCAAAGCUGUUAAGUGUGAGCAGAAAAAGAUAAUUUUGGAAGCAGAAUUCUCUAUGGACUGUUAGAGGGUAAUCUGAAUAUGUGUAUUAUGAAGGGUCAGUGGGCUGCAGGUUUUAAAAAUGUGCCUAUGAAAACGUAAUUUUAUUGCACCUUGUGUCAGGGGGAAAUACAUGUUAUUUCUUUAAGAUGAAAGUAGCAGAAUAUGGUUAUUGAUUGGAUGUGGAGAAAGAAGAAAGGACCAAAAGAAUGCAGCGGUAAUGAAGCUGUGGAUGGUAGCACCAAUUACCUGAAGGGUGGUCAAGAGAUCAGGAUUAAGGAGAAAAAAGUUAUCCAAAGAGUUGUUGUUCCAGGAACUCAUCUGACUGGGUGAAAUUUUUUAAUUUCAUUGUUUUCUUCAUAAUUCCACAGGACAAAAGAAGAUUUGAAGAAACACCAUGUAGUUCAAUAGUUCUGCAUAAUUAGAGACACUACUUCCCAUUGCUACGGUGGAAAACUGCAAUCUGGAUAAUUGGAUAAAGCCAUUCGGAGACUGUUACUUGCCAUGAUAAAUCACUUGACGCUGAUGACUCGUGACUUGUGACUCAGAUGUCGCACUUUCUGGAUAUGAAUUUUGACCUAGGCAAACAAACAGCUGUCUGGAUUUUUCAAGGUGGCACAAUUAAUUGCACCCUCUGCUCAGUAAAGAACCAUCUCCUUAAAUAUAGUAAGCAAAAAAAGAUUGUGAGGCAGGUGACUGCAGAACCUGUAAAAGUUAGAAUAUGUUCCACUACUGCUACCUUUAACCCCUUAAGGACACAUGAUGGAAAAAUUCCACCAUGAUUCCCUUUUAUUCCAGAAGUUGUGUCCUUAAGGGGUUAAAACACAGCAGUGUUUGUAUCAUCCAGUACAACAAAGAGACCAAAGAACAAGAGAAAUUAAGCUAUAUGUGCAAAGAGUCACUAGUGUUGCCCAAAGUUUAUUCAAAGAAACAAAUGCAUAUUACAUAGUUACAUAGUUAGAUAGAUGAAAAUAGACCUGUGUCCACCAAGUUCAGCCUUCCUCACAUAUGUUUUUGCUGUUGAUCCAAAAGAAGGCAAAAACCUAGUCUGAAGCACUUUUCAUUUUGCAACAAACUAGGACAAAAUUUCUUCUUGACCCCAAAAUGGCAGUCAGAUAUCUCCUUGUAUCAAGCAGCUAUUACCCCACUAAUUAGAAAUUAUAUCCCUGUAUGUUAUGUUUUUGCAAAUAUUUAUCCAAUUGCUGUUUAUUACCUAUAGUGUUUUUAGGCACAUGGCCUUUCUCAGUGUGCAAUGCCCCCAAUGUGUUCAAAGUGACUUACUAGAUUAAAUAAGACCACCACCUGCCAAAACAACCAUUCCCACACCCACCCUCAUGGAGACCCAAGCUUGAAGACUCCACCCCCAAACCGUAUAUCCAGCAGUACACUGCCACGUGCAAGGAUAAUAUGCUUUAAAGAUUGACAUAGCUAAGAAGUAAGUGAUCAUGCACAACAAUGUGAUAUGUUUGGCAAAGGUGGGAGGCUUUCAGAAAAUAGUUUGUUUGCUUUAAAGGAGCACUAUAGGGUUAGGAACACAAAUGUAUAUUUCUGACCCUAUAGUGUUAAAACCACCAUCUAGCCCCGCUGGCCAUCUCUUGCCUCCCUAAAUAUAGUAAAAUCUUACUUGUAUUCAAGCCUGAAGCUGCUGGCUCUGCCCCUGUUUGCCUUCGGAAUAGCUGUCUGCUGACAUCAUCAUAAGUGUUCUGAGCCAAUCACAAUGCUUCCCCAUAGGAUUGGCUGAGACUGUGAAGGAGGCAGAUCAGGGGCAGAACCACUACAAGUCAAACACAGCCCUGGCCAAUCAGCAUCUCCUCAUUGAACUGAAUCAAUGAAUCUCUUUGAGGAAAGUUCAGUUUCUGCAUGCAGAGGGAGGAGAUGCUGAUAUGUUGUGAUGCACACUAGGCAAGACUGAGAUAGGGUGCAGCUCUAGUAGCCAUCUGAGGAGUAGCCAGUGAAGUUAUCCCUAGGCUGUAAUGUAAACACUGCAAAAAGCCUGAAGGUUAUGAUUUUACUCACCAGAACAAAUGCAAUAAGCUGUAGUUGUUCUGGUGACUAUAGUGUACCUUUAAUUAUUUUGCUGCUAAGACAGUACUUGUGCCAUGCUAGGCACUACCUAGAUCGACAAAGAAAAUCCAGUCCUUUCUACACCCUGCUACUACAAACCAUUUGGUUCAUAAAACUGUGAUCAAGACCAUGUAUAACCUUAUGGCAGCUGUGGUAUAAAUAUUAUCAGUUUAUAGAGAACUUACUAUCUGAUGAAUAGAACAUUUCCAGGAAAUUAUGUAUCCCAUGAACUCUCCUGAAAUUAGAGUUUGUUGGAGCCUUUUCCUAGUGAUAGAGGGCUCUCCCUAAAGAGGCAGUCAUUAUAAUCAAAUCUAUAGAAAGAACAUUAGACAAAUGACCAAGUUCUACUCUUCUAAUGUUCCUCUGAUUUUCUGGACAAAGAUGACUACUUUCAAUCGAAGCUCUCUCUCUCUGUCUCUGUAACAUUGUUGAGCUGUAAUAUCUGUUACGUUUUUACAUGUUUAUUGAUGUCUGCAUUAGGAGUAGAAUAAAUGUAUGAAUUUUUUUAUAAGGGAUGUCAGAUUAGAUUUUAAUAUUUUUGGGUGACAAUAAUAUAUUACGGCGAGCCAUUAAUACAAGAAAGUUGUGUUAUUAAGUGCCAGUGAAUGUAACAAGGUUUAUUUAUAAAAUGCCAAUAUCCAUUGAAAUCUGCACUUUUUGUAAAAUUAAAGAUAGGCAACACUCCAUUCACGCAUAAAGCAUUUCAACAAGCUAAAGUACUUUAAGGGUCAGGAGUGUCCCUUUAACAAUGAGUGGAAUGAGAAGCAUACAGCACCUUUACUUUGUUCUUCCUUGGGCAAGGGCAACCCCUUCUUAUUGUAGUCUGUGUAUAUUUUUAUUUGUUAUAUAGUGCUCACUAAGAAUGCAGCUUCAAAAUGGAUGCUGUCCUGGAGGUGGGAAGGUCUGGGAGGGAGGGCCUGCUGCUGAUUGGCUGGAAUGUGUCUGCUGACUGUGAGGUACGGGGUCAAAGUUUACUCAAUGAUGAGUUCGUGGUGAACCGUUUGCGAACCGUUCGGGACAUCACCAGGAAUACAAAGCUGUAUUCUGAGCACUAUAGCUCCCUCUGCCUCCCUCCUCCCUCGCACCCCAUUGCCCCAGAUUAAAAAUCCUUUAUUACUUACCUGAUCUCAGCAUUGGGUGGCUCAUUAGACCUCCCCAUAAGAAAGCAUUAAAUCAAUGUUUUUGCUAUGUGAAAAUAGCCGACGCUGGAUGUCCUCUGGCAGACGGCCACUGGAGGCAGAUUCAGUGCUGCAAUGUAAACAUUGCUAUUUCUCUGGAACUGCAAUAUUUUACAUUGUAGCACUAACUGCAAUAGUGACCCUGUACCCGGACCACUUCAAUUAGUUGAAGUGGUCUGGGUGCCUAUAGUGUCCCUAUUAAGGAUACUUAUAAAUGAGGUGUCCACCUAGGUACUACAAGCAUUAAGAAACUGCUAGUUUUCAGUUGAUUACUUUGUAAAAGAUAAUCAUACAACAUACAGUAUAUACUCGAGUAUAACUCUAGUUUUGCAGCACAUUUUUUGUGCCUAAAAACCCCCACUCGACUUAUACUCGAGUCACUGUCUGUAUUAUGGCAACUUAGAGAGCCGCGGCCGUCAGAGCCAUGGCAACGAUCCACACGGCAACCAGACCGCGAGACUUACAGUGGAGCUGACCGGAACGGAGGAGAAGGGAGCUGACAGGAGCUGCAGGAAAGGUAAGUAAAUGCUUCCUGCUGGGCCCCCUACUUCACAGCCCAUGCCACUGGACCACCAGGGAUUAAGAUAGCCCCCCUCCCUGACCGGUUAACAAGCAGGGAGGGGGUGACAAAAAAAUAAUAAAAAAAUAAAAAUAUUAAAAUAAAAAAAAUUUAAAAUAAAAAUGCCCUCCCCCCACCCAGUUCACACACACUACACAAACACACACUCUGCAUUAUAUACACACUCUGCAUUAUAUACACAGAGUGUGUGUAUAUAAUGCAGAGUGUGUGUUUGUAUGAGUGUGUGUGUGUGUAUAUAAUGCAGUGUGUGUUUGUAUGAGUGUGUGUGUAUAUAAUGCAGUGUGUGUGUUUGUAUGAGUGUGUGUGUUUGUAUAAGUGUGUGUGUAUAUAAUGCAGUGUGUGUGUUUGUAUAAGUGUGUGUGUAUAUAAUGCAGAGUGUGUGUUUGUAUAAGUGUGUGUGUGUAUAAUUAUAAAAAUCACAGAAUUUCAUAGCCCCAAGUUUUACCCUCGACUUAUCCACGAGGCAAUAGCAUAUUUCACAAUUGUUGGUCACAAAACUGCACUCGACUUAUACAUAAGAUCGACUUAUAGACGAGUAUAUACGGUACACACCCGCAAAUGCAGGUCAUGUCUUCGAUUCCGAUAUCAUGAAUUGUAACAUCAUUGUACUACCAUGGAUAUUAUUCUAAAUAAAAAAGAAAUAAAAAAAAUAUGAAAACAAUAAAAUAA